ACCUCACAGAGGAACCGCCGCUGCGCCUGGUUCCCUUCUCGCCCACUCCGAGCUGAGAUACCGCAGAGCGCGCCCAAGGCACCAUGGGAGAUGUAGUUCCCGCUCUUCGCCGGCCCUGAGGGGGGGAUUUAAAUUCCCCUUUCCCUCCCCCUCCCAACCCCCUCGCCCCUGCCGCCUUCUUCUCCUUCUUCUAACGGCGCGCUCGCUCGCGACAGUUGCUCGUUGCCCUGCUCCUCCUCGCCCGCCGCCGCCGCCGCUGCGUGAGAGCGCGGGCCGGCCGGGGUUGGGGUUUUGCCUUCGGCUGGGGGAGCGGCGAGAUGGCUACGCUCGCUGAGGGAAAGGUCAGCACACACCUCGACGCUGUCAAUUCUUGCUCCUUGCUCCCCACCCUCCCUCCCUUCCUUGGGGAGGAGGAAACAGAGAGAGAUGGGCGAGUGUUUCCACAGCUCUCAUUUCCCCCGCUCCCUGCGCGGAGACGGUGGUGGGGUGAGGUGGGGUGGGGAGAGGUAUUUUUCGGUUACAUCAUCACAUUGAAGCUCCUUCGGCCCCCUUUGCCUUGCCUUCCCCACUGGUACAGGUGCGCCUCCUUUGUCCCAGGGCAUUCAGCGGGGGGGGGGGACUCUCUCCCAUCCCCUCCCCUCGUCACAGACGUCCUUUUGGGGCAAAGGGGUGGCUGAGCUGUGACCCCUUGACUGACUGCUCGCUUAAAGAACUUCAUGUACAGUAAACUUGUUUGUUACCUUGAUCUACUUAGCCUUUCCUCCAGGAGGCUUUUCCCUCUGCGCAAAUGGUCCAUCCAGCUCCCUGCCCCACAUUUUUAUCCUUCAAACUCCCGUAUGAGGUAGGUUAGGCUGAGAGGGGGGUGACUGGCCCAUGGUCACCAAGUGAGUUUCCCAGCUGAGGGGUUUCAGCCCAACUAGUCACUGUACUAGCCAGAACCACUAUAGAGAAUGGCUACUUUUCUUGCCAAAAUAUGACACAAUUGCCACCAUCACCACCCUGCCACAAAAAAGGUCACCUGCCUCAACAAAAGGAAAUAAUGCAAAUACACUUUGAGUAUGUGUUGCAAGUUGGUUAAUAAUAUGCUUUUCAUGAGUUUUGUGACUUCUCCCAAUCUUUUUUUAUUGGGGAGGCUGUUGCUGUAAUUGAAACCAACAUUUUAUUAUGGCUGUGUUUCUCAACCUCAAUUUCUGAGUCAACAGAAGUACCAUUCAGGAGACUUUUCUCCUGGGAAGAGGGUGCUGGAGCUUGGAGGCAUUUUUGUAAAAGAUGUUUGUGUACCAGUAUUCAUGUUGAGUAAAGGGGACAAACACCCAGGCUGUAAAUUUAUGUGAAAAUGUUACAUAUUUGAAGUACGGUGUAACUAAGUAACCUAACCAAUUGGGGCCUACUUUCUAUAAUGUUCUGUAAAGUAGCCAAAGGAAUGCUGCCACUUUUUGACCUUUUAUCUUUUUCAAUAUUUUGAUUAAACAUGCAGACUAGCAUAUAGACAGUGAUAACCAAGUACAUAGAUAUGAUAUAGAAAUAAGUAGCAACAUGCUUCUCUUAGGGGCAUUUAGUGAAAUGGGAGUACAUGCAUCACUGUGGCUGGUCAGGUUAGUUAAGGCUGCAACUGCUGAACCAGCUGAAGCUGGUGAAAACAUUCCUGGCACCUAAUGUCACUUGGAGACUUUGUAACUAGCUCUUCAAGAAGAGUAUGACCCCAUCCAGAGUCAAAUCUAAACAUUCUAAUUACUAGAUUUUCCAAACCAUGAUAUUUAAGAAAAACCUGGAUUUUUUUUUUUUUACUUUGUUAGCCCUCACCCAUUCCAGUCCUGUAAUCAGACUGGAACCUGCUGAGGUGUUUCCACACUGGAAUUAGAAGGUGAAAAAGUGGUAGAGCUAUCCACAUAUUGAUAAUAUUGCUGCUCAAACAACUGGAUCACAACACCAUAAUUUCAGACUCAACAAAACACUUCUGUGCAAAAAUUGUCUUUUUGCUUCAAAAUUGGUGCACUCUACAAAUGUGAAAACUUAAAAUUAGUCAGUUCCUAAUAGCUCCUGUUGCUCUGUCCCAGCUCCUGCCACCCUAGCAGUUUGAAAGCACGUCAAAGUGCAAGUAGAUAAAUAGGUACCGCUCUGGCAGGAAGGUAAACGGCAUUUCCGUGCACUGCUCUGGUUCGCCAGAAGCAGCUUAGUCAUGCUGGCCACAUGACCCAGAAGCUGUACGCCGGCUCCCAUAGCCAAUAAAGCGAGAUGAGCGCCGCAACCCCAGAGUCGUCCGUGACUGGACCUAACAGUCAGGGGUCCCUUUACCUUUAAUGUUUCUGUUUGGUUAAUUUUAUGAAAGAAUUAAACUCCAUUAUGUUUCCCUGAUAAUUUAUCUCCUAUCAAUUUUAAUUUGUACAUAGUAAUUGAUAUUGGUUUUGCAAUUGUUAAACAUGGCAGAACUACAAAGUGGGAUGCAAUAAUUUGUAUAACAAUUUAGCUAUUAGGGUUUGUAACAAUUCUUAGUUAUUUCUGUCUGCAGAUUGGAGUUGCUUUGGGGGUCAUGCUAGUGGUAUACUUCUACAGAAUGCUAGAAGUGUAACCUUCUGAUACAUUGUUUUGCUCUAUUUAAAGCUGCUUGUUAGAAUUCAUUUGUUUUCCUAUUAGCUGAUAGUUUUGUAUAUUUUGAAUAUUAGCAUGUAGCUUGCAGCAUUGAGAAUGAGUUGUUGUUGUUGUUGUUGUUGUUGUUGUUGUUGUUGGCGGCAGCACCUGUCUGUCUCGAGAGGCAAUAGAGUGUGCUUCCGGGGGUGAAAUCAAACUGCUGCAUAAGCAGCACCAAAGUGACCUCCUCGUAGCACAAGCCUGGGCUGCUGAGAUGACAAGACCCCUCUCUCAGCCUUGUUGAUGUGGUCCAAAGGAAAGUAGAGUAAUACAUUUGGCACAAGCUUAGCUGCAGGAGUUGUUGUAAGGAGGUGUAGAAAGCACCAUCUAACCAUCUUAGGGACUGCACUCCAGGUUUGUGUAGGGUUAACUCCUUAGCCUUUUCAUCUUCCAAAGAUGUCCCACAAGGCAGUGGGUACAGAUUUUUCCUCAGAGUUUACUCUCAAACUACCCCCAACGGAGCAUGAUGUGUCCCCCAGUAGAGGUACCAUCCCUCCCCUAAUCCCCUCACACCCCAGAAGUUGUCCUCUUAUACCAGGUUCAGACCAUUUAUAUUUUCCCUUCCCCAUCCAUUUUUAUGCAGAUACCAGGGAUUGAUCCUGGAACCUUCUGAAUACAGAUUCAAUCCCAGUGGUAUCUCCAGAGAGUGCUGGGUAUGUUCUGAGCCUGGAACCCUGGACAGCUGCUGCCAGUCAGUGUUGAAAAUAAAUGGUAUACCUUUUGCCAUAGUGAUCAAGCAACAAAAAAGCUAGCCAGGGCGGAUCCUGUCUGUUAUUCCCUUGUCCUUUUUGUCCACUGUUCCAGGACUUGGAAGAUAAUUAUGAAAAAACAUAGUGGACCUCCUUUAACCUGAAAAAGAGAAGGCAUGCAAACAAGAGUUAUUUCAUUGCUGCUGACUUUCUUGGAUGUUCUGUUCUGUGCAAAAAUGAUGCUGUGGUUGGGGCAAUUAAUGCUUUCUUGUCUUAGGGUCUUGGCUUAAGCUUGCCUUGGAGACAACCCCAUCUUGGGGCGGGGAUGGAUACAAAGGCUGAUUUCUGUUCACUUCUGCAUAGUGGAGGCUGACCCAUUGGGGCAAUUGGGGCACUACCCUACCAACCCAAGUCUGCCCUUACUCAACCCCUAUAUAGCCAUCUUCUUACUUACAACCAGUCAAGGGUGGCUCAGUCUGCCAUUCACUUUGGUUCCUCCUACUGUUGGUCUUCUUGCAUUCCACCCUACCAGUCACGUUGGGCACCAGCCACCACUGCUCCUGCAGGCAGGGGAGAGGGGUGGAUUAAAGGACCUAGGGGAGGAGUGGGCAGAAGCAGCUGCUACUAUGUCUCUUGCUUGAUCCCUACACAUAAAAAUAAACACCUGUUUUUCAGGUUACAGUCUGGCUCCCUAUUAUUAUUUUAGUUCCAAAAUAAUGUAAUACAGAAUGGUUUACAAAUGAAGCAAGACUGACGUGGUUAGGCAUGCCCUCUCCAGGAAAGGGGACAUGUGGUAUAGUAACCAAACUUGGUAAAAGGCAUUUCUAGUCAACUGGCAUGAUCUGAUAAUUCAGAAGCAGCAUGAAGGAAUACCCUCUCGCUGUGAUUCUGAAUUUUCAGAAAGAGUGCAGCUGCAUCCAUGACAGGUUGUAUUUGUAAUCCUAGAUCCUACAAACAGUUAUUUCAUCUUAUCUGAAUUAAGUUUGUUCAUUGGCAUCCAGUUUCUCACAGUUUCCAGGCACUAAUUCAGGCUUUCCACUGCCUUCCUCAGAUCAGAGGCAGAUGGAAGAUGAUAGUUUAUAUGGGAGAAAGGCCCGAUUGUACUUUCUGGAAUUGACAUCUGAAUAAACAAUUGGUGGCUGAAAUCUAACAUAGCCAAAUCCAAACUUGUUUAAAAGCCCUGUAUCUUAUUAAUAGUACAAUAUACAUAAUGCUACUUAAGCAUAGUAAUCUUUGGUAUAUGUCUUUCCAAGGUACUACUGUGAAGUAAAAUGCUCAUUGGUUGGUAAUUGGGAAAACAUGCAAUUCUGUACAUUUAACUUGGCUUAUUAAAGUCACGCCAUUCUAUUAUUAUUCAUAACACAGGAAGAGAGAUAAUUAGAGUGAUUUAUGAUGAUGCUGUACUUUGGUUAGUCAGACUAACCUGACAACCUUUGGGAUUGUGGGGUUGGGAAGUAGGUAUCUAAAGCACAGUAAAGGAAUUCUGAUGCAUGUGAUGUGUUGAAAAACAAGGAUUUCCAUUUCUGCCACUUUUGUUGCAGGAAUAUAUAUUACCCAAAUUUAUCCCUGCCCAAUUUUAUCCUUAUAUGUGAUAAAUAAAUAUGUUACCCAAAUUUAUCCCUAUAUGUGAAUCCAAGGCAUUUGACUAGGAUAUGCUUUAAGAAUGAAGGACAUUAUAAUAACUUAAACACUAAGAAUAUUUUGAAGAAACCGAUAUGAAACCUGAUUCCCAUUAGUAAGAUGAAAAUAAAACUUUGUGUCAAUUGCCUUCCCCUUUUCAGCAGUGCAGUAUACAGUGGUACCUCGGGUUAAAUACUUAAUUUGUUCCGGAGGUCCGUUCUUAACUUGAAACUGUUCUUAACCUGAAGACCACUUUAGCUAAUGGGGCCUCCUGCUGCUGCUGCGCCGCCAGAGCAUGAUUUCUGUUCUCAUUCUGAAGCAAAGUUCUUAACCCAAGGUACUAUUUCUGGGUUAGUGGAGUCUGUAACCUGAAGCGUAUGUAACCUGAAGCGUAUGUAACCCGAGGUACCACUGUACACACCUGAAGAUGCUUAGGUGGAAGAUGAGCAUAACAGUUGUUUGCUGUGAUUGUGUGUAUGAAUGUACAUAACACACACACACACACACACACACACAAGCACCCCUGAACAUGGGGGGGGUGUGUCUUUGCUUGUAGUCUUCUUAGUGUUGUAUGAUGUGCACUGUUGGAGAAAGAACAGGAUAGAUUUUUUAUUUGAUCCAUUAUGGCAACCAGGUGUUUUUGUGUUGUGCCUUUUAAAAUCGAAAAAUACCCAAUAAUUAGCUACUAGUAGAGUUGCCUACUUUGGAUCACUAUUACUCUGUUGGAUCUUAAUUUAGAUACGGCUCAAAUCUCUCGCUAAAAAAAAUUAAAAAUAACAUCUUGACCCAUAUCUAAAUUAAAAUCAGAGUGACCCGUGCCUAAUAAAAUGCUUGGCUCCAAAGGUACCUGUUAAACCAGUUUUGCCUCCUGAAGAGUGAUCGAGAGGCUUUCAGCCAUGAGAGAGCUGCAAGCUCUUUUAGCUUUACGAACGUACCUCGGUGCUUUGAGCACUCUUCUCCCAGCUUGCCUCUGUUCAAGGAAAGACUUCAAUCCCCACAAUUCCGCGGUUGCACAUGCGUCUUCUGCUUACAGUUGUCAAAGUGCUCUUGCCAGAGCAAUUUCUAUUUGUCAUAUACCAAACCCGAAAGAAGGAAAUAGACACACUGUCCCUUCCUUUUAUUGAUCUUUAAAUACAGAAUACUCAAAAGGUAACUGUUAUCGGCGGCUAAGCGGGUUACUGCAUGCAAACGAAGUAUUAUGGGAGUAUUUGAUUUUCAUGUACAGUAGUUUAGACGGGCACAAAUACACGGGGGGAAAGGGGGUGGAGGAAACAGGAGGCGCCGCAUACCAGCCCAAUGCUAGGUAUUUAGCUGCCUAUUUUUUCCGAGUAAUACCCAAUUUGCCUCUCUUCAGUUUGCCUGCGUGCAUGUAAUGGUUAGGUAUUGACCUUGACAGAGGGGUAGAUCUGUAGUGAAAUCUUACGUAUAAGAAGCGAUGGGGGAAAUAAUGCUAGCUAGUGUCUCAAUAUGAAGUUGAUAAAAAAUACCUUAAAAUUGUUGUAGCACAGCUUAUCUGCUAUAUUGGAAGCAAUAGUUUUACUGUUACUAUUGGCUAUUGUUUAAAUGAUUUCCUAAACUGGCCGUUAAAACACAGGAGGAGAGCAAUAUAUCUGAUUGUUCCUCUUUGUAUGAAAUGUAUUGUAUUAAUUUUUCUUCCUUUACUGUUGUGAUGACUUUGAUCGGAGCGCAGCUAAUGGAAAACUACACAAAGCCUUAUAUAUUAUGGCUUGCUGCAGUGCUGCUUUAAAGGUUUCCCUGCACCCCCUACAGCAGCAGCAAAGCUGCGUGCUACAGAUGCGCUAGUUUGCUCCUUUUCGGAUUAGGAAUUUAGCUUAAUACUCUCUUUAUUCACUCUCUGCAAGACAUUAUUUUUAGAUUGUGUGCACAGAUCAGCAAUAAAAUAAAAAACAAAACUGCUUGAAUAUAUUUCUUCUAUGUCCAUUAAAAAUGUUGCUGUUUUCACUUGAUUACAUGUUAUGAAGAGGGAUUUUAAAUUCAGGAAUGUUUUGAAUUUAGUGGUUAUGAGAGAGGAAGUUACUACCUUCAUAUUUCUUCACACCCUUCUCAAAGCAACCCCUGUUUAAGUAUUGGUUACUUUGCUGAUGCAGUUAAAUAGCGUUGAGAGAUACAUUCGAUUUUGAAGGUUGCAACAUUAUUUGAGAAAAGUAUAUUGUUAAAACAAGCCUGUUUAAUUUAUGAAUUUGUUCAGCGUCUUUUCCAGACGGCCGUCUUUUGUUUGGCCUAUUUAACUAUUUGCUGUUCCUCUGAUAGCGUUCUCAUAGGUGCAGAGGUAGGGAAUGCUCUUUAGUAACAAUAGAUAGAAGACAAAAUGGUCAUUAUUACUAUCUGGUGAUUUAUAUUGGCAAUAUGAAUUAAUUAGUGUUUUAUGCCUGUGUGUGGAAAAAUCUGCAGCAGGAGGAUGCCUACAAGGAAGUGUUAACGCGUCUGAAUACUUUCCCCAGUUUAUGCGGGAUUGAAGGCUUCAGUAUUUUUUGCUCAAAGCAAUUUAGUUCUUGGAUUAUUAAAUGCCAUAUUUAACAUGGGAGACAAAAGGACUAUUAAAACAAACAAAACUGUAUCCCCUAGUUACGUGUAAGAUGCCUCACACCCCUUCAGUAGCUUAAAAAAAAUACCGUUUGGCUUAGUUCUUUUCGUUUAUUCAGGGCUUUAAAAUCGUGGAUCCUGAACUGUUUUUAAUUAUUUGGUUGAACCGGUUUGUUGAUUAAGCGAAAUGGGUAUGCGGCUCCUUUAAAAAGUCUAUUCAUAGGAAAGGGGGUGGGGGAGAGUAAAGGCUGCUGUCUUUUUAACCUUGCUGAAGGACGCAGCAGUAUUUAUUGACGUAUGCAAAUAACAAGGAAGGAGGAGGGUGCACGGAAAAACAGGAACCAGAAUCAGUUUCUCAUUGCAGGGCGAGAGCUCUGAGUUCCGGUGUAUGAGAAAGAGACGUGGCGAAAUUGCUGUAUAUCUCUGCCCUAUAAGCAUACCUUUCCUUUACACUGAAGGGAACCAAGACAUCAAAAAGGGUGAAGCAUCUUCAAAUGUAUUUUUAGAAGCGACGUGGAGCGAUUACACUGAUUCAAACUGUUACUCCUAAAGGGGUGGGGGUAGGGAUUACGUAUUAGUCGUGCCUUGCAACUUGCGGCAGCGUUACGCUCGCAGUGGCAUUCUUGCAAGCAGCAGAGGCGAAGGCUAAAGCAGCCAUAUGAAUAUUAAUAGUCUGUCUUCUGGAUUUUUUCCCUUCUUCCUCUCGUUUCAGCUGCGCAAACCAUGCAGGAUGAUUUACUGAUGGACAAAAGCAAAGCCCAGCCCCAGCAGCAGCGGCAGCAGCAGCAAGAUCCAAACGCAGCAGAAGCCCCUUCUACGCCCAUCACGUCAGAGACACCCAAACAGGAGGACAGCAGCCCAGUGACUAGCAUCGGCUCAGCAGCUCCUGCCCAAAAUAGCAAGGAAAAGAUGCAGAUGGAGUCCCCCAUCUUGCCAGGCUUAAGUUUCCACCAGCCUCAGCAGGAACCUACAGCCGGCACCUCCUUGUCUCCCUCCUUCGGAAGCACCUGGUCUACUGGGACCACAAAUGCAGUGGAUGAUAGCUUUUUCCAAGGGAUUACCCCUGUCAAUGGGACAAUGCUUUUCCAGAAUUUCCCUCACCAUGUAAAUCCAGUUUUUGGUGGCACUUUCUCCCCCCAGAUUGGCCUAGCUCAGACUCAGCACCACCAACAGCAGCAGCAGCAAGCCCAGCAGCAGCAAAGGAGAUCGCCAGUCAGCCCCAAUCAGGCAUCUUUUGCCCAGAGAAAUGCUGCUUAUAGCCAUCAGCCCAUCAUGACCAGCAAACCUUCCUCCUCCUCAGCUUCCACCUCUUCUCCUUCCAGCUGGAAUAACCACCAAAAUGCCGCCUGGAGUACACCUUCCAAUCCUUGGGGCGGGCUGCAAGCUGGCAGGGACCCUCGAAGGGCAGUAGGUGUGGGUGUUGGUGUAGGAGUGGGAGUUGGAGUGCCAUCCCCACUUAAUCCCAUUUCACCUCUUAAGAAGCCCUUCUCUAGCAAUGUCAUUGCCCCACCAAAGUUUCCACGGGCUGCUCCCCUAACCCCAAAAUCCUGGAUGGAAGACAACGCCUUCAGGACUGACAAUGGUAACAAUCUGUUGCCUUUUCAGGUAAUGUCCUUUAUUUGAGUAAAGGGGAAGUGAUAUUUAAGGAUUUGUCUCAUAAUAUAAUUCUAUGUUACAUCAAACACCGCUUUUGCCAUUCUAGCACAUGCCUGACUUCAUUAGCUAUUUUCACUGAAAUAAUUCAAGCUAUAUAGUAGCUGAGGGCACUCACAUAUGUUAAAAAUCUCAAGUAAAAAUUAGAGUCAGGUUGUGAUUCAAUAUUCUUUGUUUCCCUUUAAUUUUGACUUUAAGGAUCAGAAAUAUUUGCUUCUUGGUGCUCCCUUUCUUCCCACCCUUCUUCCUAGGAUGUAUCAUGUUCCAGUAUUUUAAUUGGUACAGUAUUAUUUAUUUAUUUUUAAAUCUGAAAUAUAGGAACAUUAAUGGAUCCAUUAAAGUAGUUGGCUUCAAAUUUGAAAUUAAAUGGCUGACUAAAACCGAGAACAGUUUAGGAAUCUCGUUAAUUACCUUCUGCAUAUUAAAGGGCCAAACCCUUUCUGCUUUAAAGGGCUUUACUUUAUUAGUCCUGAGAAAUGAGGUUCAGCAGGAUUGGGUUUGCAAAAUCAGGCAGAUGAAUGCAAAUAAAAUGCUGAAAUUGCUGAAGUGUAAUCAUGAUAAUGUGUUUAGGGUGUGGGUUUGAAGGAGUUUUGGAUGUGUGUUGACUUGAGUAUCAUUUGCUUUCAAUAAGGAAAUCUCUAAUGGCAACAUGCAAGAUUAAGAAAUACAGGGAACGUAUUUGUGUGAAUUAAUUUCUUAAACUUCAGUUUUAUGCCUUAUCAGAGGAAAGAUACAAUAGGACAUGACCUUCACAACCAUAUUGCAAUGGAGCCUAUUUACUAGCUACAUAAGCCCUGAAAUAUUUAAAGCAGCAGUGUCCUUCAUUGGUUUUGUUAUCUAAGAUGUCAGGGCAGAUCAAUUGCAACAACUGAAACUGGGGAAAAUAGAAGCUCUGAAAUUUUAAUGUAGAAUGGAACUUGUCUUGGUGUUAAAUGCCGCCUCAACUGAAUAAUUGGCACAUGCACUUUACCUUGUAUCCUGUAUCAGAUUAUGAAGAUAGAAGCUUUUUUGUUUUAUGUUGGUUGCCCCAAGUUGUUGCUUCUAAAUGCAUAAAUUGGACUCUUAAAGGGCAGUGAAAUCACUUUGUUUUCUGGUUUCAAAGGAACACUCUUUUAAAGUUACAUUUUCCAAUUCAGGCAAUAAAUUACAAUAAACAGUUACUGUUGGGAUUGAUUUUAAAAUCCAGUAUAUUCAGUAGUGCAGAAUAAAAUCUUUUAAGAAUACCUGCUUACCUAGAGCUUUGAGGAAGCAGCGCUUUGCUGCAUGGCAGUGGCGAGGUUCUGGGCCAUCUUUCCUGCAUGGCCACUGGGGGAUGCCAGAGCCUCCACUUCUGGCUGCAUGGUUUGGCACGAAGAGUCCUUUCCAAUGGGCCAAUCAGAGAGUGCUAGGUUGUGUCAGCAGCCUAUCUUUAACCUGCUGAUAUCCUAUAAAUUGUGGCUGUACCUGGGGCCCCAGUUCUUCUGGGGGUUUCCCACCUUCUCACCCUGUGUAUGUGUGGACAUGCUCAAAUGUGAUCAGGCAAGCCAGUGUGAAGACCUUGCUAUGGAACACUUAGUUACUAUUCUCAGAGCCAUGAAUUAAUUUUUCUUGCAGACAAAUUGGCCGGUCUCCCUCAUAGCAAGUGCCACAGCUUUUUGCAGAUGGCAAUGGCUUGAAUCUUUAGCCUAUUGUGUUCCCCCUAAAAGGGUAUGGGAUGGGGUUUUUCUUUCCAGGAGCCUACACACAGGGCCAACAGGCCAUAGCACCUUUCUGAGUGGCGGCCCUGGUGGGUCGUCCAACUUGAUAUAUGUCAAGGGGUGACUCUCAUCCCAGGGAUGACCCAUCCCAUUGAUCAACCAGUAGGCAGGUUGAUUAAUUCUGGAUUCAUACCCAGUGCCUUUGCCUAUGUCUAUUUACAUCUGUAAUCAAUAAAAAGUUGGGGUCUAUUUCAACCCAAUACCAUCCUGUAUAUUUUUUUACCGUUUGUUUGGCCCCAUACCAUGCUGCACACCUCCUGCUCUUGAGCAUGCAAUGCUGCUUGCCUCCUUCCAUUCAAAUAAGAGGAUUGGUUUCAGAUUUCAUUGUGCGGCUUAAUUCUGUUAAAAUGAGAGUUCCUACUGGUUCUUCUGUGUGAAAGGAGCUGCAGGCUUCUUGCCAGUUGAUAUCUUAAAAGUCAAAGAGGUGGACAGACAGACUUCUCUUGAGACAUUUAUGUCUGCUAAUUGUAGUCUAUUAUUGCAUUCCAUGAAGUAAGUGUAAAGUAUAAUUAGAUGCUUCUGUGGUGCCUAAUGACAAAUAUGGUAACCUAUAUAUUGCUAUAUAGGUUACUACAUUGACUUUCUGAAACAUAGGUGUUAGACUGACAUGCAUAACAAGUCACUUUUCCAUUAAAACAAUGAAGACAAGCUAACAUAUAGCAUUUUCCUUCUAAAUAAUGAGUGACAUCCAGUUGUGGCUUCCAUGGAAUGGACUUCCACUGGUGCAACGGUAUUUCCCCUUCCUUUCUUCUUACUUGUUACUCCCCCCGCCCCCCAUUCUCCAGGAGUCCUCCAGAGCAGAUUUGGGGAAAGGAGUAGAUAAGAAGGAAGUCCGUUCAUUGGAUGUUGCCCAAUGUUUGCAGUACUCACAUUCUAAACUUUGAUAUAUCUUGUGUUUAUGUCAAGAGGAAAAUAAAAUAAAAGUAAUUUAUAAAGCACAUUUGAUUUUGACUCAAAAUAGAUACAUUGUACAGGCAAUAUUAAUUUAACGUAUUGGUUCUAAAAUGUGUUCGAAACCUUCCUUUUCUUUAAAUAGCCUAUAAAAGUAAAAGCCAACAUAAGAAUUUAUUUUAUUUUUUUUGUAAAAAGAAAUAUGAUUUUUCAACCAAGAAAUGGCUUACAUUGAUGAGGGAUGGAUUUAUGACAUGAGAAUAUUCUCUGAGGGGGGGAGCCUAGUACUCAUUCCAUGGUUCAUUUAGUAGGUAUGUUAAUAGUACAGACUUAACUUGUUUCAUAGUUUGUGCUUCUGGAGGUUGGAGGCAGUAUGGCUUAAUUUCCAACAGAAUUCUUAGCAUUGUCAUCAAAUGACAGUUCCAGAUUUAUUGGGGAGUAUGCAUUGAUAGUUCCACUGCAUUCAGACUGGGCUAUUAUAAGUCAGACUUGUUUGGGGUUGCUUUUGAAAAUGGUUCAGAAAUUUCAACUUUAUGAAACACAGCUGCCCAGUUGCUUGACAGGAUCAGGCAUUUGGAACACAUAACACCUGUACUGUACUAUAGAAUACUGCCUGCCAAUUCAUUUCAAGGCCUGUGCUGGGUUUUAUUUUGAAAUACUGCUGCUUUGUUUUUGCAAUUCUAAUUAAAUAGCUUUCAUCAUUAUGGUUGUUUUGAGCCAUAUUUGUAUUAAAUUAUUGUAAGCCAUGUUGUGAAGGCUUUUUUUAAAGAGCAGCAUAUAAACUAACUCAGAAUAAAUCUAAUUUAAGUUUAUAGUAUGACUAUGCCAUCCAUACACCUGGGAGCUUUACUAAAUACUAAGAACACCAAAUGGCACAAUUAUUAUUUUAAACAUAUGUUGCCAAGUAUUUUCCCAUAAAAAACAAUUGGGCAAAUUUGUUACACCUUUUGCUAUUUGGUGUUGUUUGAAAAUGUUUUCAUUUUGUAGCUUUAACUUGGCAUGUUUACUUUAAAUGAUGUUGCGACUAGAUAAGGUGGCAGUUCUAAAAUUACAUAAACAUUGCAAAAACUCUUUAGCUGCCUAAAUUUAAAUAUUACAUUUAACUUACCCUGUAUGAACUAUGAAAACAUAAAGAUGCUUGUUAAUACCUAGGUGAGGGUGAUGAUCUUAAAGGAAGACUUUGUUUUUCAUCACCAUCAAUACAUGCUUUGCAAAUGGUCUCAAGAAGAAUUUAAAGAAUGUGGGGUGACGUACUGAAAAAUUGUGGUUAUUCAGUCAUAUUCAGAAUUUGUUAUCUUUUUAUGAGAAUCCCACAAUCUGCAUGUGGCAGAUUUCAGUCUUCAAGGCACACAGAUGAAAGGCAAAUAAGGGGUCCUUGCUGGAAAAAGGUUUUGAAUCCUGCCUUUUUUGUAUGAUGUCCUAUUUAGAAUUGGUGCUUCAGAAUAUACAAAAUAUUAUUUGAUAGUGUCAGCUGCAAGCACUGAGAAGGAACCUCAUUUCUCUACCUUUCCCAAAUAAUUUAUUUGUAGUAGCUGACUGCUUCUCUAAAUGAAAGUCAAGCUGCUGUUCCCGAUUAUUACCUUAUUUAGAUGUUGCAGUAUUGACAUAAUUAAGUAUCCCAUUUGGCUCAAAUAUUAUGUAUUAGAGGGCAACAUUUCUUGUAAUGCUUCUGCUCUUGAGUUAUAGCCAGGAUAUCCAGAGCCUUAGAUUUUUUAGAUUAAUCUUAUAGUUGGAGAUCAUUUAAAAUAUAUGUGGCUACUUUAGUGUCAUUUUCAUUACUUCUGCAUAUAUCUUUGAAAAAUAUGCAAUAAGUUUCUAAACUUUUGAAUGCCCAUCAUGCCUCUUAGAUUAGGUCCAUAGGGGAAUAGUUCUGAAAUCCUGAGUAUACACAACAGAGUAUGGCACAACAGAUGUGAGCUGGAACUAAAUUUCAGUAAUGUUGACUACAGACUCUUAAUGCUAAGAGUGUAUAUUUAAGAAUUUAAAAAUAUUUUGUAUUAUGAUUUAUGUACUUUGAGGAAUUAAUGCUGUGCAGCUCUAUCCUAGACGAUGUUAGUAUUAUGCCAUAUGUUGCUCUAAAAAUACCUUGCUUAUCAAACAAAAAAGAGAGCAAGCAAACACAAUAUCUUGGCUACCAUUUGCUACUGAGCAGCUUGGUUCAGCAGGAACUCUACACAUGUCCUGGCACUAAAACUAUUUUGCUUUCACACUGUGUGUGUAAUAUAUUCUAACCUUUUUUUUAAAAAACCUGGCUAGUGUUUGAAAGUAAUAAGAGAACUACCAGUUGUUUUAAGGUGAAUAAAUUCAGUAUAGUGUGGAACAGUGGACUUAGAUCCAGAUUCAAAUUGCUGCUCAGCUGCAAAGCUUACUAGCUGAGCUUGGGCAGUCAUUGUCUCUUAACCUAAGCUACCCCACAGGUAAUAAAAUGAGAACAUCACGUGUGUUGCUCUGAGCUCCUAGAUGAGAGGAAUCAAAAUGUACAGCCAGGCCUAUCAUUUUGGCUUUUAAACAGUCCUUGAAAACCUAUUUAUUCCAAUUUGCUUUUAUUUUGGGGAAAAACAAUCUGAGAUAUUGGGCUGCUUUUCUGAUUUAUUGCUGUUGGUUUAAAAUUCUGUUUUUACUAAUGGUUUAAUUAGUUGUAUCAGCUAUAGGGCUGGACUCUGAGUUGAUUUUAACUGCUGAAAUCAUUGUAUUUUAUGAGAGCUGUAUAUUUUAAUGUAAACUGCCUUGGGGGGCUUUUUUCCUGAAAGGUGACCUAGGAAUAUUUAACAAAAAUUAUUAAUAAAAAAUAAAUGUGAUAAUUAUAUUAUUGUUACUUGUUACAGAUACAAAGCAAUAUUCUGGGUUCCUUCAAGCUACAGUUGAUUAUUACUUAUUAGGAAAAGGAAGUUAAAUGUUUAGGAUGAUGGCUUUAACACCCCUUAUACAAUAGUUCUGUUGCUUCUUGAUAAUAUAGUAGCAGAUGCUGUUGAAGUAGUCGUCAUAUGGAAAAAUGAUGGAUGGGUGGGUUAGAGUGCUGGUUGAAUAAUUUUUCAUGUUGCUUAAACUCAAACAUAAAAUUAAUUCCAUGCUAAUUUCCACAGUUCAUUUGUUGUUGAGACUAGAAUAUUAAUUGAUGCAGCAGCUUUUAAAAUGACUAAAACUGAUGAUUUAAUAAGUACAUUUAAAUAUAAAAAUAAAGAAUUGGAUGCAGCUUUUAGAGAACACUACUUGUUUUGAGAGAGGUUUUAAAUACAGGCAGUGACCAUUUUGCACGUGUUUUAUUGGCACACAACCUCUGAUGCACACCCUGUUUUUGACCCUAGAACAGGGCGGGCUUAUUUGCACUCCGCCAAUUCAUGUGAUAACCCAGCAUGCAAUCCCUGCACAAAUGAGGAGUUGCCUGUAAUAUUAAUAUGACCCUUGGUACAGAUGUGUAUCUUAAAAUGCUAUGGCAUAAUAAUAAGCCCUGUUCUAAUGUCAAAGGCUAGUAAUGUGGCUUGUGCAUUAGUUCUAAAGCCAGAAAUAAACUGGUUAUCACACCAUACAAUACUGUAUUGUAUCCAAUCCCAGUUUGAACAAUAUGUGCCAGCUGACUUCCAGUUAAGAUGGUGAUCUGAGGAGCAGUGAUUCCACAAACUCCAGACCUAAUUUUUAGCCAAAGAUAUCCUGCAAUGGAAUUUUUUUUCCUCUUUUCCCAUAGCUUAUAAUUUUUAUUUUGUCCUUUUGCUGUACAUAAUCAACUUCACUUGGAGUAAUUUAUUGUAUGUGGGGUUGUUUCCUUUGUGCUUGUGGCUAUGCUGUGAAAGGAGCCUAAGAAACUGGUGGACUCACAGCACAUGCCUUUAGUUGCUUCAAGUUCCACUGAAGAGAUUAUGGAUCUUAAAAAAAUUAUCUGAAUGAAUGUGACAUCUAUCAAAUCUUCAAUUCUGAUGCUGCACACUUCAGCACAUCAGAUAUGGUCACCAUCAAUAACAUAUGGUCACCACUGGGUAUUGCCUUUCAGAUGUGCAAGGCCGGGAAGAUGAGACUGUAUUCCCCCUUUAUAUCCUUAGAGUGGAGAAUUCAGCUUUACAUGGUAAAUAGUUGGACUUGGUGGGUAGGUCUCAUAGUAACAAUUUAAGAAUUAUGGGGGUGAGGGAAAGAUUGGUGCAGGGGGAACCCUAUGAUUUUUGUGGCAACCCUGCUAACAGUUACUGGAUUGUAUGUCAAUAUUUUAAGAUAUCUAAUCAAAUAGGAUUUGUUGUGGAGUGCAUGUGAGAAGUGGGUGAUGAAGUGGGGGCCAAAUGUGGAUGAGAUAGUUUGUUUCUGGAUUAUGUGAAGGAGGUUUUUGAGGCCUGGCAGACUUUUUCCAGUGUGAAGUACAUGGCCCAGGAGUGUGACAUUACCUUCUUUAUUAUAUUUCCUGCUAUUUUCUGUAUGUACAUCAAUGGGCAAGUCAAAAUUUCUAUGAACCAGCAGUUCUGAAGGACCUUCUGCUUACGCUUGAUCUUCCACUGGAAAAAACUUUCUGUGCAGGCCUGGCCUUUAGUUGCUGUCCAGCUGCCUUAUUCUACCCAGGUUGAUUACAUCAGCUGUCUUCUGAGAAACACUGUAGACCUGGUUCCUGCAAACUUAACUAUAGCCUAGGUUUAAACAGUUCCUGAAGUUGUCUGUGACUAUGGACUUCCUCAUUUUGAACACGGGCAUUGCAUGGACAAUAAUUCCGUUUGUUAGAUUUAAGUUUGUUUUGGAUCACCAUGUUGUCGCCCUCUUUUUCUUUAGUGUGAAGUAACACAUUCUGGCAAUCCCCAUUGAUCUUCUGUUUUCCCCCUUCCUUCUCCUUCAUAUACACAGCAACACAUUUGCUUUAUUUUAGUUAUAUUAUACUGUUUUGUUUUACCCUGUGUUACUGUUAUAACAUAGGAGAGAGGAGUUGUUGGGCUUUUACUUAGCACAUUGUGUAGCUCUUUGACAAUCCUGCUAUCCCUGUUAAUAAACAGGCUCUUGGAAAAGAAUCAUUUAUUGGUUGUGAAGGGCCAUAGCUCAAUGGUAUAACAUUUGCCUUGCAUGUGGAAAGUCCCAAGUUUAGUCUCCAUCAUUAAGGAGGUCUGCUAUGCAUAAUGCUAGAAUUGGUCCUUUAGCAUUGCAGCACCUACCUUUUGGAACUCCCUCCUAUUAUAUAUCAGACAAGUGCAUUGUGUAGUGUCCUUCUAAGCCUUUUAAGUGGACACUUGUAUCCCUGUUAGUAUCUGUUGGAUUUGAACUGAUUUGGAUAUGUGUUGUAGCUUUACAUUGUUUUUAUAUUUAUAUAAUUAUUCCAAAGUUGUUUUAUAUUGGUGCUCAGCAGUGACUUAUGAGGAUGUCACAUGCCCUCCCUUUUUUGUUUCUUUUCAUGGGAAACUGUACUUAUGUCACCUAGGUUCUUCCACGAGAAGCAUGCUCUUGGGUAUGUUUGCAUAAAAAUUGGGGACAGAAUGGUUCUUUGGAAAAAAUGGGCUGAAGAGGGACUGUCUAGCUUAGACUGGCUGGCAAGCCAAGAUCACAAAUCCCCGGGCAUGAUUGCCCCAGUGUAACACUCAAGACCUACAAUUUAUUCUUUCAGGGCAUUGCUAGGCAAAACCAAAUUAGAUGCAACUGAGCUGAGGGGACAGAGGGACAGAGACCUGGAAUAUCCCAUGCUUGAAAGGCAAUGGAAAGUUGUAUAAGGUUGUGCUCCAUGGGCCAACCAAAACUUGUUUUAUAGGCAUGUUGGAUUUACCACUGCCUUUUCCAUAAGCAUAUACGUCACCUGUAAAUGUGUGUUGGCACUGUGGAAUAUAAUAGGCAACACUGAAAAACACAGUCUUGUCCUGUCCUGUGAUGGUGCUAUUUUGGUCACAGGUUAUCAUUCUUUUUAAUCUGCUCUUGGGAAAACCUCUAAAAUUUUCAGAUGCUGGUCUCAUACUCAAUUAUAUCCCAGCACUGUAGAAUCUGACCAGGGGCAAUGCAAUUGGGUUCUUUGUCCCCUUUUGGUGGCCAAAAGUAUUCUAAGGAAUUCACCACAGCCACAAUCAUUCAGUGAUCACAAGACUUGUCAACUCUUGCCUAGCUUGAAAAAGUGACCUUUGGCAGUAGUAACAGAUACACAAGCACACAUACAUUUUGUCUUCAUAUAUAGUACUAUUUGAAUCAGGUAGGGUUCAUCAGCCUUUCUGGACUAGUGGACACAUUUUUAAUUUUGAGAGGGUGCUGUGGGUGCCAGUCACAAAAUAGCUGCCAUGGAAGUGUAGCAUAACAAUAAAUUAGACAGUACAGCCCUGGCAAAGCUUUUCCCAUAACUAUAUUUCCAUACUCAAGCCAUGACUGUACUGUCUAAUUCAUAUAUGAAGACCAAAUGUCUGAGUGCCUGUGCACCUGCUCCUACCUGCCCAAGGCCACUUUGGUUAAAGGCACUAGAACCUGGUUUUUCUCCAAUACCAACCCCUAAACCAAAGCCUAGACUGCCCCGUUAAUCACAGAGACGUACUUCUGUGUAGACAAUUCACUGCACACUGAAUUGUUACUAAGUGCCUGGUCUUUAGCUCCUGUGCAGCAUGAGACAUCCUAAUAUUCUUUGCAAAGUUUUCAUAUUUGCCUUGGGGGGGGGGAGUUAUUUAACAUCCAUCUACACUUAAUUGUGUAGUAUUAUUUGCAGAAAAUAACUUCUAGGGACCUCCUGAUCUGAGAUGCAUCAACGGCAGGAAAGUUUCAUCCUGGUUGCUAGUGAAAAAGGAAGGAGGGCAAGCUACAGAGAUUCCAAGGACUAGAAAGUAAGACAGAAGCAGGAAAAAUGCACUAAAGAGGAGGAUAAAACAGCAGCUCUCUAGGACCCCGGGGAUUCCUGUUGCCUGAUGUCCAAACAAUUAUCAAUCCCAGCUGUGACUUAUUUGAUUGGCUAAAAACAAUGACAGAUGGGAGCAGGCAGCCUGGGUCAUUUCACAGAAGUUACUUAGAAAGGUAGUUGCAUAUUUUUCUUCAUAACUUCCUUUCUAGGAGGGCUAGAUAUUUACUUCUCUUUAAAAAAAGAAAGAAAAGGGGGGGAAAGUAAAACUCCGCUGUGCCCUCUGCUGGGGCACUAAUGAUGGCCUUCACAAAUAAGAGUGUAACCCUAUGACAUGGAGGGUAUAAGUAGCAUUUCAGCUGGAGACCAUUCCCCACCCCUUGCCUCUUCUCUCCCCCGUUUUAUACAGUGGUGCCUCGCAAGACGAAAUUAAUCCGUUCCACGAGAGUCUUCGUCUAGCGGUUUUUUCGUCUUGCGAAGCAAGCCCAUUGACGGAUUAGCGCUAUUAGCGCUAUUAGCGGUUUAGCGGCUAUUAAAGGCUUAAAGGCUUAGGGAUUAGCUGCUAAAAGGCUAUUAAAGGCUAUUAAAGGCUUAGCAGAUUAGAUAAAGGGGGGGGAAAGCGGGAAAAAAACCUCAAGACUCGCAAGGUAUUUUCGUCUUGCGAAGCAAGCCCAUAGGGGAAUUCGUCCUGCGAAGCAACUUCAAAACGGAAAACCCUUUCGUCUAGCGGUUUUUCCGUCUUGCGAGGCAUUCGUCUUGCGGGGCACCACUGUAAUUGUAUGACAGUAUAUUUAUGAUUUUGCUUGGUUUGAUUGUUGCUACUGUUUCAUCUUGUGUUCAUUUGUAUUUUUACAAAGUGAAUACUAAAAAAAACUCCUAUGCAUUUAAAGAAGUGUGCAAGCUGUCAUUGCUGGGAGAACAGCAGCAGAAAUACUCAAGGGUGCUAUUAUUGGUUUGGUUUGUGGUCCUCUGUUCUGUUUGGACAGAAUUUCUGAAGUAUAUUUGGUGGGUAAAAAGUGCUUUACAGUUCUCAUCUUCUAUUAGCUGAUGAGAUAGGUCAAGCUUCAGAAAUGGUGACAUGCCCAAGGCAACUGAGAUUUGCAGUUGAGCGAAGACUUGAGCAUGGGUCCUCCAUAGGUCACUUGGCACUUGUCCACUUCACUGCAGGGUUAAUUAAACUGGAAAAAUGAGUUUUUAUAUUGUUUGUGCCAUUUGUGCCUAUUGCACCAAAAUUCAGUGUCACAUUCUAGUGUGGGUAGGCCAGGGUUCUCUUAUAAUUUUGUUACAAUAAAAUAUUUAUUGUUCACAUUUUCCUUUGCUCAACGACUGCAGGUUGCUAUGUAAUUCAUUUACUUCUAUUUAGCUGAAAAUUGUCAUAAAAUUAAAAAUAUUAUAUACAGUUUUAUAGUUCAGGUGAUUUUAAAUUGCUCCUUUGCAAACUCUUUUUUUCUGGUUCCAUGUUAAAAUAAGGAAUAUCUGAAGCAGCUUUCAAAUGUUUUUCAGAAGUCAAAAUGCGUUUUAAAAUUAUGUGUGAUGUGUGGAAUUUCAUCUAGACUCUUGCAAGUUCAAAAACAGCCAAAGGUAAUAUCUGAAUACCAAAAUCUGCAUUGGAUCUCUUCCAUGCCCAGAGGCACAGUCACCUUCUUCUGUUUACCACUGAAAUAAAAUAAAGAUCUGUUGCAGCACAAAAGCUUCAGAAGCCAUGCAGAAGAUGAGCAAUUGCUUAUUCCUGGAUCUAUUGAUCAAAAACCUCAUCUUUAUGAAAGGCAUGUGUGAUAAGGAAAUAGAGAGAGAGAGAGAGAGAGAGAGAGAGAGAGAGAGUUUUUCUCUUGUCACCUAAAAGUGUUUCAGUCACUGAUUGGUUACUAACUUACAAGUAACAGAAUGCAGUAGAAUCUGGUUUGAGACCCUUCCUUUAAACACACUUCUUCAUAUUCCUAGAGGUGUACAGUGGUGCCUCGCAAGACGAAAUUAAUUCGUUCCGCGAGUUUUUUCGUCUAGCGAAUUUUUCGUCUUGCGAAUCACGAAUUCCCAUAGGAAUGCAUUGAAAAUCAAUUAAUGCGUUCCUAUGGCCAAAAAAAGUCCAAACAAAGCCAAAUUUGGUACAACAACCUCCCCAACUGUUGCAAACCCCUCCCCAACUGUUGCAAACCCCUCCCCAACUGUUCCCCCAGUCACCCAGCACACAGAAAUUCAAAUCCAGAAUUUUUUUUAAAAAACAGCAGAGUGGCCCAGUGGUCACAGAAAAUCACAAAAAUGCAGAAAAAAACACACAAGCUUCCAGAUUCCUGCAAACCCCUCCCCAACUGUUCCCCCAGCCACCCAGCACACAGAAAUUCAAAUCCAGAAUUUUUUUUAAAAAAACAGCAGAGUGGCCCAAUGGUCACAGAAAAUCAUAAAAAUGCAGAAAAAAACCACACAAGCUUCCAGAUUCUUGCAAACCCCUCCCCAACUGUUCCCCCAGCCACCCAGCACACAGAAAUUCAAAUCCAGAAUUUUUUAAAAAAACAGCAGAGUGGCCCAAUGGUCACAGAAAAUCAUAAAAAAUGCAGAAAAAAGACACACAAGCUUCCAGAUUCUUGCAAACCCCUCCCCAGCACCAAGUCCUUGAAUUCCAAACACCCCAACCCAAAAUCCAAAAAACCCCAAAAAAGUUUUAAAAGCUUAACUUGGCUGCAAAAGAAGUUUUGGAAAAGCUUCAAAAAUCACCAAAGUCUUUAAAAACCUCAAACACGGCUACUAUGUACACUGCGUUCUAUGAGUUGCUCCUUGAAGUCAAGUCGCAACUGUAUUAACGGUGUUAAGAAAAAGGAAACAAACUUGCAAGACGUUUUCGUCUUGCGAAGCAAGCCCAUAGGGAAAUUCGUCUUGCGAAGCAGGUCAAAAACGGAAAACCCUUUCGUCUAGCGAGUUUUCCGUCUUGCGAGGCAUUCGUCUUGCGGGGCACCACUGUAUACCUUUCCUAUAGGAGUCUCUAACUUGAUCAAGUAGGAUAAGCUACAUCUGGGCAUGUUGUUGACUUAAAUGGGGAAAUGGACAUUGAAGAUGAGGUUAAAUCCAUGUUUAUGGAGCAUAGUGUUCCUUUAUGUACUGCAUCCUCCAGAUUGUGCAAAGUAGAUGGACUAGGUCACAUUACUUUGUAAAGAGUAGUUUGUAUCAUAAAUGAAAACAUUAUAGGUCGGGGUAACCAAUGCAGUGCCCUCCAAAUGUUGGUUGUUUACAGUUCCAAUCAUCCUUGAUCAUUGACCAUGCUGGCUGGUGCUGAUGGAAGAGGGGAAUCCAAUAACAUCUAGAAGGCACCAUGUUGACUGUACCUAGGCUAGUUACUUUAACUGAUCAUACAGUGAUAAAACUGAAGCUUUCAAAAUGUGCUCUUUGAUCCUAGUGCAAUUUCUUGGGUGUGUGUGGGAAAGCAUCAUGGUUAACUGACAUUGCAGAUGUUCUGGUUGUACUUACUUAAACGCUUAAAUCAUACUGUUUCAGGAUACAGACUUGUGUGUACUUGUAAAACGUUAGCAGAUAUAUUGAGAGUAGAUAUAUGUUUGAAUUCAACACUUUUUAAAAUUGUAGGUUAUAACAAUAAUAGGAAUAACCAGAAAAAUAUGUAUUAUUUUUCACUGCUUAUGUUGAUAAACUCUUAUGUCCCUGUAGCUUUUGGGAUUUCUCUUCUGGAGUAUUUCCUGUAGUUUAUUGGCUUGUAGGAGUUUUGGAUGUUGCUACUAAAAUAAGAAUAGAAUAAAUUAACAUUAUGUUGAAUCAGAAGGGUUAGAGGUCUUAAGAUGUUCUGCUGCUUUGCCAUCAUCAUAAAAUAUAAGUAAAAUGUACAGCAAAGGUUUGCCCUGGUGUAUGCUUUUGAAUGGGGAAACUUCUCAUAAGUAAAAACUUCUGAUUCAGGAUGAUCCAAAAUUUACUUCACUGGGACUGCAUUUGAAGACUGAUUCAGCUGAAUCAAACUUCAAAUUCUUAACCCUGUUAGUUUUAGGACUGUAAUAUCCUCAUUAUAUUGCUGGUUGUCCUGUGGCAUUGGAGGUGAUUUCAGCUAUGUUCUACAUCUAGUUGACACGAAAGACUUCAUGCAACUGAGCUGCUGCAGAAGAAAGUGGCUUCUUUGCUCACAACUUCAUCAUUACAUGAUGACACUUUCUUUUGUAGCUCUGGCUUGAACUGUGAUUUUUCUAUAAAUUGCUUAAACACAAUGAGAAGAUGGAUGCUCACAUAAUGAGUAUUUUCCCACCAUGAAAGAAAGGAAAAGCAGGCACAAAGCCCUAAACUUUCCAGGAGUUCUUACCUCCUCAGGCUAUCCUUAGAGCUCUUCACCUGUUACAAUAUGGGAUGAUAUUGGAAUACUAAGUGGGUGGGCUUCAAAGAGGGUGACAACUCAGAGUUCUGGAGUGUGCAUGAAAUAACAAUAAUGUUCACAUUAUUAGGCCCCAGGUCAAAGUUAAUAAGAGGUGAUGGGAGCAGAUCCACAACUGUAUAGGGAAAGGUUAGUGUGUUUGAUUGAAAGAGCAAAAUGGGUGGGUGGAUGUUAAAUAGAACACCCCAACUUGCAUUUCCACAUCCCCCCCCCCACGCGUAACUUUUCUGUUGGCUGUACUCUGAAACCAAAAGUGAGACCAGCUGAGAGACAGUGGUUGGGGAGGACAACAGAGAGUUCAAUGGCUGGCAGUGGUAGGUAUUUGCAGUUUUCACCUGUAUGCCACCUUUGCUCUUUAAAUUGCUCCCAACUCCUGCUUUCUACAUAUAUUGUUAAAACUUUGCCCAUGAAGCCUACUUAACAUUGAGUCUUCCGAGUAUUGAGAAUCAACAGAACAAUUAUGAAAUAAAUGAGUUUGGUCAGGGCAACUGAGCAAAAUCAUUUGCUUGCUGAGUAAAAUUCCAGAAGCAGAACAUUUCCAGAAGUGAGAUACUGUAAUAUAUGUUUCUAUAGAUUUCCCCACCACCACCACCACCGAUAAGUUGGAAAAUAAAUGUACCGUAUGUUGGGAGACAGCCAUGAAUAUUCAUAAUUUGAGGACAACAUAUUGUUGAGCUUGCAUAAUUAAAGUCUGUAAAAUAUCGAUAUGAGGUCACCCAGACAGGCUGUGAAUGAUCACUUGAAGCCUCAUCAGGGUCAGUCUACAAUAUUUUAAGCUCAUACCAGUGGCUUUGUGGUGGCCAAAACCUAUUUGGCUUGUAAUUCAUGUUCUUGUUAAUCACCACCACCACCCUGCUUAUUUUUAUUCAUUUUAAGACAUUGUGGCAUCAUAUUUUGGCAAAGGGCCACUCACGUGACUCAUUAAUGUGCUGCUGCAUGCCAGAAACUUGCUACAUUGGCUUGGAUUGUGACCUAGUUGUAUGAUUUGUGACGUGUGCCUAAACUGUUGUAGUAGCAUUUCUUUGCUAACAAAAUGGGUCACAGCUUCGCCAGCAUUAAAGAUCUGUUAUUUUUAAGCCAAGCUAUUUUAUAGUCCAGGAAUCUACAGAUUCAAAUAACAUUUCUCCUUCCUUUUCUUUUGAGCUUUUUAAACUGAUGGCCAACUUUGGUAUGACUUGUUCUUAAAUUUUUGAAUAUAGAAGUGAAUUUUACCAGUUUUAGUCAAUAGAAGUAGUCAUUGGCUUUUUAAAAUAGAUUCAUAAAGCAGAAUGUGUGAGCAGAUUUUUAUCUGAAGCUUGGUGCUAAACAAAAUUUAACUGUAACCUAAAUGCCACAAGUUCUCAGUUGAUCGUAAAAAUGUCUGCAGAUAAUUUGCUGGAGUGCAGUCAUAAAAGUAAGAAUAAUGACUUCCACUUUCUCCUUUGACAAAAAAGGAAAGUACUCUGUAAUAUCUUUUUAAUCUCCUGCAGAAAUAAGUGGUGUUCAUUUUUGAACUGCUGGGUUAGGUGAGCUAGGUUAACUGUAGGUUUCUGUGUGGCGGUAUACCUCUUAAUCAUGGAAUGGAAAAGCAUAGGUUUUUCAAAAUUGUUCAGCAAGCAUAUUAUGAAACUGUAUUUGAAAUAUUGUAAACAUUAACUAGAAUGAAGUGCUUGAAAGAUCAGUUACAAAAACCUGCAAGCCAUGGCUCCUACAGAAAGUAAGAAGACCAAGGAGUGUGUGUAUAAACAAAGUCACUUUGCUCCUAGGCUCUAACCAGUCCUCCUGAUUCCUAGGCCUCUGACAACACUGUCCUCUUACUGUUUCUGAGCUCUGUGGAAGGGGAAGCCCGCUGCUGAGAUAAGCAUUAUUAAAGUUUGCUAAUGGUGGAUAUUUCACCCCCUCUCUUCUACCUAAGUUGCCAGGUGAAUAAAACAUUGAAAUUGACUGCUAGGCUAGGUCAUACACAGCACAGAUACACUAAUAGAGCUUGAAGAAUAACUGCUAAUGGCUUGGGGAUCAAAGAAACAGACUGACAAAAGAAAACAUUUAUUUACAAUGUAUAAUUUACUUCCACAAAUUGGGUUAUACUGAGCUGUACAGAUUGAAAUCUCAAGUUGCUAGAUCUUGAUGAGGAUUUGUCUUUUACUUCCAGUCCCUUAAAAUAUCACUGUCACCAACAGGAGGUUGGAGAAAUAGUCAAAUGUUCCUGUGCAUUCUUAUAUGAAUGUGUGAAGUCUUCCUUGCCCUUGGGUUGCUGCUGAUAGCUAAUUUUUCUCAUUUGAUUAUGGGGCAAAAGUUUCCAAUUCCUGGAAACUUCCUCUGGGCUAAAACAAUUAUAACACAGAAGGGUUUUUGUUGUUAUUUUCUUACUGUGUACAGCAACAUAAUAAUGAAGUGUGGUCACAUAGCAGAAAAUCCUCCUGCAUUUGCUGGAUUGCUUUUUAAAAGCAAUUAAAAAAAAUGAUUCUACUGAAAAUUACAAAUAAUCAAGUAAAAUUCUGUAUUUCACUCACUCAUCGGUGAAGAAAGAAAGAGAAGGUAUAAAUGUUAAUUUUCUCCUUAUCUGACUCCAAGAUUUUAUAAAGGGUAGGCUAAUAUACAAUGGCUAUACUGAAGACAUUAUUCUUUUAGGCCUUGAUGAAGAAACUUGGGGCUUGUGUGUCCUUAGUCCAUGGGUGGGCAGAAAGUAGAUCAGAUGUAGUAGUAGGUAUCUGGGCCAUUUGCAAUACACCUCCAAGAGUUUCAGAGCCCAAUUGUAGCAGCAACAAAAUAAUUUUUUAUUAAAAUAACAUUUAACACCUAAAUUAGGCUUCUGAAAUGAAUACAUCUCGGGGUAGCCAAGAGUGAACUUUUGUGUUGGAGGAGUGUGUGAUCUGUUCACUUCUGCUGCUUGUAGAUCUUGGGUUAUAGCAAAAGACAAAGUAAGUCUGACAAGCCUGAAAUCUGCUCACCCCUGCCCUAGUCACCCUAGCAUCAUGGGCUUUUGGUGACUCAGUGUAGAUGCAUUUUCUCUCUCUUUUUAGUAUACUGCAUUUUCAGGAGUUUCAGGAAUAUAUGUGUCCUCAGGAAGCACAUCCUGGUGUGUGUGUGUGUGUGUGUGUGUGUGUGUGUGUGUGUGUGUCAGUGUCAGCAAAGGAUCUAUCCCUACUGCCUUGCUUCCACCUACUUAUGUUUCUAAUAAAUUCUGUGAUCAUAGUCUACAUGUCUCCAGUCAAUUAGUAAUUGGAAUGCUAGUAGCAUAGGUAGUUAGAAAUUGGGAAUCUUCAAGUUGUUAUCCUAAGUGAGGUCUAUUGAAACUAACUUGCCAUUUAGUUGCGUUAAACUAACUCCAGAGCAUAGACAAUACAAACCACAAAUUAGUUAAAAUAACAAUAAGACUGUUUUCUCAGAUACCUUCAGGGUGAAUUAUAUUUUAUUACAAAGCAAUUAGGCAAAUUCAUGGAGGACACUGUUAACCACAGUACUGUAGUUCAGUGCGGAUGCACUAUGCCUCAAAGAACUGGAUGCUGACGGAAACAGAGGAGGAACAUAACUUUCUUGCCUUGUUUCCAAGUACCUAGACAUCUGGUAGACUAUAUACAAAAUAUUAGAUUUAGAUUACUGUACUUUAGUCUGAUUGUGCAAGACAAUUUGUACAAAAAAAUAAUAAUAAUUGUACAUUCUUAGCAUGAUGUUUGAUUGUUGAAUAUAGUAUUCCCUCCCCCCGCCACUUAAUCUUCAAAAAGCCCUUAAUUGCUUACUGGUUGAGCAGUGUUGCUUGGGCCCCAUAGAACAUUUGUAUUUAAGUCAGGUUGACAGGAGGCUUUCUGAGCAUUUGACUUAAUGCUUGAAGGUGCAUCAGCUCCUAUACCACCCUACUCCUCUCUCUCUCUCUCUCUAUAUAUAUAUAAUGACUAGGGGAUGAUCAGAAGGAACAGAGUAGCUGUUGGCAGAUGGCUCCAACACAGAGUUGACAGUUCCAGUGGGCUGCCCAUCUGGCAGCAAGUGACAAAUAGAGUACUUCUCCUGCCAGGAAAUCAUGGGGAUGGAUUACAAGCCUCUCCAUUUUGUGCCAGAUAAUGACUUUCUGAGCAUACUUUCUUGCAUGAGGAAACGCCCACCAAAACCUUCCAGUCUUCAUUGGAGCCCUCUGCCCGUUGCCACAUCUUCCCCCUUCCCCCAAGUGAAUGUUUUGUUCUGGAUGUGUGUGUGACGGAGAUAAUCGCUGAUGGUGUGUUGACGUGGAAGCAUAAAUGAGACAGAAAUCUGUUUGAAAUGAGCUAUGCCUGCCUUUUAUCUGCUUGUAACAGGCCAAACAUGGGUGUUAAUAAAGUUGAGCACUCUGGCACUGCAUGUUUGCCAUGUUCUGGUGUUUAUUAUUAUCCAGGGGUUUAAGGAAAUCAAAAUGGUUGGGUCACUUAUCUUUCAUUUUUAAAGAGACUCCUGAUGAUUAAUGUUAUUAUUGGAUGUUACAUUUCUUUGUGAAGUUCCGGAAGUAUUAGUAGGCAGGAAAGCAGCAUAAUAUGAAUAAAGCCAUUACCUUGAAUGAGAAAUUUCUGAAGAUAUGAGUAUUGUUUAAAAUUAUUUAAACUUUAUCACUUGUAUAUUCAUGUAUUUUAUCCCUUGAAAAGCAACUGAAAGGAUAAUAUCCUUGAGGAAAGGUGUUGGGUGUGACUCUGAAAUAGUGUCAAUUCCUCUGCCUACCCUUCAAUUGCUCUAUCCAACAUCCCACUCUGGGAUAAUAAUGAACUUGGGUGGUGAGUGCUGAAAGAAAUUGAGCUAGAAUGGGGCUUUCAGAAACAAGGGGAACAUAGCAGCAUGUUCAGGGAAAUCUCAAAGCCCAGUAGAAUGGGAGGAAUAAAUCUGAAACAACCUGGAUUGAGCCUGUACAGUAGCUAAACAAUGAGAAGGGAAAGAAUGGAAUGGUCUGUUGGAGGCAGGUAUGGCUAGCUGAUGGAACUCUGAACUGGAGCACUCCAGUUAGAAGGUAAAGAUACAGCACAACUUAUAGUUGAAGGUCCUACUUGUAGGGUCCUACUUGUAUGGACAUAAAAGUGACCUACUUCAUAGGUGUCAGCAAAUUGCUGAGAAUUUAUGCAAAGCAGUUUGAGUACAAUGGUUAAUAUUGUUCUUCAGUGGGUAGAUUGUGUACAAAUUCCCAUUAAACUGUGAAUCUUUUUUGGUGAUACUGGAACAGACACACAUAAUGAGCUUAUCUUACUUGAAUGUUUGGAAGUAAUGGAAUCACCCCACAUUACCCUUCUGAUCAUUAUCAUAACUGUUAAUUAAUGCACUUGCAGAAGAGAGGAAAUGUGCCAUAUUUUUAUUGAAAAAACUUAGAAUAUUUUCCAAGCAAAUUUUCUGAGGCACUGAAAUUACUGCACCCUCCUCUCCCUCUGUGUCAAGUCCUUGUGUGCCCAGGUGUACUGUCUCUGGAUCAUGCAUGUGAACAAGGCCCACUUUUAGUUCUGCUGCCCACUCAUGGGUUUUCUCUCUCCAGUGGUGUAAUGCAAUCAAUUGUCACAUUUUGACUUUGCCAGGGACACUUUAUCUGAGACGACAUAUUUUGCUGCUCCACUCAGUCAAGAGGGCUAGGUUACUACCAGCUUGAACACAAUUGGAAGUCAAUUAAAGUAGAUCUGUGUUUAGGGUUAUUGUGCGAAUUAGGUUGUCAUCUAAUAUUUUUUUUCUUACAGGUUGGUCUGGGUAUAUAUGGGCUACACCUCCCAAAUUUCUUUCUGGUAAAAACAUAAUUUAAAAUAUCAGUAUAGAAGCUUCCAUAGGAAAGAGACAGUAUUUGUUGUCAUCAGCUUAAUUUUAAAUGGUCUUCAAAAAAAGAGUAUAAAAAGGCUCUUGGAUAUGGAUUAAUAAUUGAUUCUUUGUGCAAUGCUUGCUAACACUAAAAUAAAAAAUAAAAAAUCAGCUGAAGCUGGCAAGGAUUUUAGAGAGGCCACUGUGUGCUGCUUAGUCUUCUGUUGUGCUUCACUGCUUUUAUCUGUUCUCAGGUUGUUUGCACAAUCUUGCUGUGCCCAAGGGUUUUGUGUCAGAAUAAUUGCCUUAUUUUUGCAAGCAGGCAACGCGAAGCUUCUUAUUGGGUGCAAAUGGUAAAAUUUUCAGGGAACACUGUUUCUGAGUGAGGCUGAUUUCCCCCUCGCCCUGGCUACCCUAUCUCUUAGUUUUGCAUAUUAAGAUACCAGGAAAUGUAAAAAUCCACCUUGUACUGAUACAUUAUUUACCUUCUAGCAAGCUUAAUGUGAACAGCAAUGGGAUUAAAACAAAAUUAAGGGAAUUUUAGCUUUGAAUCUCAAGAACUACAAUGUUCCAGUCACAGAACAGACCCUUUCUAUCUACUCCUGCCUUCUGCAGCCUACUUUGCCCCACCCCCAAGCUGCGCUUGAGUGUCAGAGCGGCAUCUGGAAUAGGAUUUUUAUUUAUUUGCACAUUUGAUGAGGCUUGGGGGAGGAAUAACAGGCAAGGCACGUCAGCAGAAAUCCAAGAGCUUGCAUAAACUCAUAUGAUCAUAGAAUUUGCUUUAUUCUAGAUCUAGGGUGUGUAAAAUAGAUUUAUUUAUUUAUUUAGUGCAAAUUAUGCUUCACAUAAUUUGGAUGCCAAUUUCUUAAUCUCUCUAAAUAAACUGAAAUAAUUACAGUACAUCUUGUUAGUUCUUGGUCUUUGUGGCUUAAUGUCUUUAUUUCUCAAUCUGUGGGGGAAAUGGAAGGGAUAUGUGGAAAUCGUUGUCUUAGAUGUGGAUUUGGUUCCUUCCAAAUAAUGUUGCAAUAGAAGAGGAACAUUCAUUAUAGUUUUAUUCCAGCAUUGAUUCUGACAUUCUGAGACCUUUCUGGUUACUCACUUCAAUAAGCUGUCAAGUUAAAACUGUGUCCUUUUUUGCAACAUUCACACUUGCCAUGAUCAGUUGCAUUUAUAGAAAAGAGGAUCUUUCUCUUUACAUGUUCUGCACUCAAAAUGUUCUGAAGGACUUACCAUAUUGAGCUUUGCAUAUUUUGCUAAUUUUACAAUAAAUUUGUGGUGAGUGGGAAAAGUGUUAAGUGUUUGCAUUAUUUAGUGAUGACAUUGUAACGGUCCUCUUAUUUUUUGUUUUUUUCCUAGGACCGGAAUCGGCCCUAUGAUACUUUUAACUUGCACUCUUUGGAAAAUUCAUUAAUGGAUAUGAUAAGGACUGAUCAUGAGCCUCUUAAAGGUAAACACUACCCUCCCAGUGGCCCACCAAUGAGUUUCGCUGAUAUAAUGUGGAGGAAUCAUUUUACAGGUUAGGAAUAUUCAUAUGUUCAUACUCACUUUAAAAGAAAACAGCUUUUUUGCUGCAAUAACAUUUGUUAUACUUUUUGCUAGUAACAAAUUGUUAAUAUGUUUUAUGCUACUCUUUGACUUAAAAAUCUCAGUUAGCUAAUUAAGCAUAUAGUGUGGUUAAUGAUGCAACUGGAUGCUAAAUAAUCAUGAUUUCUUUAGAGGACUUUUUUUCUUUUACAAAAAGAUCUUAGGCUUUCAGCUUCUAAUUUUUAAAUCAAUGAAACCUGCGAAACUGAUAAUCCAGUUAUUCUGUUAUGAAAUGGGUUGCUCAUAUUUUCAAGUGGUUGUUUAAAUAUCUACCCAUAAUUAUCAUGUUUCCAAUGUGGAUACAAAUCUCAAAUGGUUUGGAAUUAGGGGAAAGAAAGAUUACAUUUUUAAAAAAUCACUUCUUUGGUUGCGAUAAUGAAAUAUUGAUAUCUCUUCAGCUGAGAAGACCAGGCUGUUCUUUCAGCUCCAGUGAUAAAGAUUAAACUACUCCUAGCACUCAUAAUAAAUUAUGUGAGUGAGUGGUUUGGGCAGCUUUUAGUUUAAUAAUUCAUACUAAUGUCUACUUCAACAUCAGUCUCGCCAGUCUUUAGCUAAAUGUGCCAUAUAGCUUUUAGGAAUUACUUAACAGAGAGCAAUGGAUUUUGUUGAAAAAAUAUUAUCACAGAUAUUUAGUGCACAAAUUUUGAGCAAUAUCUAAUUGCUUAUCAAACUUUGGAGAUCAAUCAGUUAGUCUUGAGCAUGGGACAGAAUGUCUGGGAUCUAGACUGAUCUUGUAUUUAACUGUCCAGAUGGAGCAGAAAAUGAAUUUGCAUUCAUUCCAAGCUCCAUGGGACACCUAGGAUAUAUUGGAGGUCAAAAUCAUCAAUUCAGGUUGGUUGUAGGAAGGCUGAAGACUGGGCAAGUGAAUAUGGGAACUGGUACUCAGAACAGUGAAGCGUUUUCAUCUUUCAGCCUUUUAAUUCCAGUGAAGUUCAGAAUGCAAGCCUCAAGUAAAGAUCCUGUUAAAAGGAUUCACUGCAUUGGAAUUACUUGUUCAGCUGAAGUGAACUAUUCCUGCAAUGCCAUUUUGACCAAAUGUUUUAUUUACACUUGCUUCCCACAAUAUUUGCUGUUUUACUUCACAAUGAUAUGCCAUGAAUUUCUCCCUAAACCUAGUAAUUUUACUUGCAAAAUAUCAUAGAACUGAAUUCAUAGAAUUGAAUGCAUAAACUUGGUUGAAAACAUUUACUGUAUUUCUGUGAUGUCACAUAACUCAAGUAUAGUUUUAGGACAUGCCAACAUAAUGACAUUAAACAAUAUUGUGCCAAUGCAGUGUGUAUCGGUGGCUAGGAUAUGGUGGUAUUUGCUAAUCAGUGGGCUCUAAAAUCACAAGGAGCACACUCUAUGUUAUUAAGUUAGUGUGGUAGCUCAGCUACCUGCUUCUUCAGGUGGUAUAUAACACCAUCCAAAGAAGGCAACUGUCCAAUUAUCUGGCCUCAGGAAGUGCUCAUCUACAGUGCCUUCACCUUGCCAGGAUUCAGACUGGUUAUUUUUCUUCCUCCAGCCCACCACUGAAUCCAGGCACUGGUCUGGGCUUGUAUGUCCUUUUCCGAUUCAGAUAGCUUUAGUGCCCCUUGAUAUUUACUAACUAACCUAAUUAAAAACAUUGCUGUGGGGAAAUGGCAGCCUGAGUCAGCAGACUAGUUAGACUGUGAUCAAGCUUCCAUGACAUUAUUUGGGAAUCCAAGUGUAAGUUCUUGUGUUUGAAUGCCACCCCCCCCCAAAUCUUUGACUGAUAGGUUUGGAAGGCCAAGUUUGAGGAACUUUCAGUUGCAUGUGUUGGCCUCAGAUUGGAUAAUUAUGAUGCUGGAAAGAUGUAGCUUUAACCUUCUCUUUGUUAUCUUACAAACCAGCCACCCAAAUGGCACCACAUGAGCCUGUUUUCUUUCUGUUCAACAUUAUGUGCUUUCUGUAUGUUUCUAAAAACAAUUGGCUAGCUUUCUUCUUUUUUUGAGGGAAUAACUGGGGGGGGGGGUGGUUUCUUACAGAAGAAAACUACAUAUACCUGAGCUUAAUGGGAACUUAGACCUUUACAGCACACCUGUGCCUCUGAAAUGCUCCCCCACAAAAAAACAUUCCUGCACAUAGACAGCAAGUGUGCCAAGAAAAAGACCCCUGGAAAUGGUUUCCCGUGGACACAGACAUACAUAAGAAAGAUUUGAGUAUUGUACUCGACCUCCUAUCAGCCCCAGCCAGCAUGACCAGUGAUGAUGGGUGUUGCAGUCCAGCAACAUAUAGAAGACCACAGGUUUCCCAUUCCUGCUUUUGUCUCUGGUGCAGUAUGGCCUAGGUGCUGCUGUGUUAUAACAAACGUCAUAACAAACAGUCCUCCUACAUAUCUUGUAAAGGCAGUACUAGAAAAAGUAACAUCAGAAUUAACCUAAAUACUCAGUCUGAAGUUGCAGUACACUUAUUUGUCCUUGAAUAAAACCAUGUGACCUGUCUCUGCAGGGGUAACAUGAGAUGUAUUCUAUGUCUCAAGGACUGAUUUACUUCACAUAUAUGUGUGCCAGAUGCGUGAGGCAGCUUUUAAUGGGCUGUUAUGAUGUCAAACUCAGUAGAUAUUUGUACAUACAGUGUUCCAGUACUCCCUAUUAGGCAUAAAAAUCAAAUGCAUGUUUGAAGAAACAUGGAAAGUUGAUAAAAACCUGUGCAUAUACAUUCUAGUCUCCAUCCUUUUCUAAAGGGGUGUCUUUUAGCUUGGGAGUCUUUCACAGAGACUAGUUGCAGAAAGGCAAGAAAAAGUGCAGUGUAGGCUUGUGAAUUGGAGGACUAGUUUUGGUAGAAAGGUGGGAUAAAAAUAAUUUGAAUAAUAAAGCUGGCUUUAGUAUUGGUCUACCAACUGGACCUUAAACAAGUAUCUGAGAUGUUUUGGAAUUUUCGUAGCAAAUGUAUCAAACUAUGAUGAAAUAAGAGGCAUUUGGGGAAAGUCUGUAGCAGUCUGUGCAGUAAAAAUAUGCUGGUCUUUCUGCUACAAUAAACUAUUGUGUUUGAAAAUAGACGAUAUGAAUGUGUGCUAGCCAGUUCAGUUGUCCUUCUGCCAGAUAAAUGAAUCUUGGAAGGUCUGCUUCAUAGCCAUUAAGUCUUUUCAGAUAAAAUGUCAGCUUGCCACUGGGCACUGUGAACAGCUCUCAACACCUAUUAUUUUAUGAAGUGUCCUCCUGACUUGACUUCUGGUUCUAUUCUUUAUACAAUUGUGCCUGAGUAUAGCACUGAUCUUGCUGAGCCUGUUGCCUUCUCUGGAACACAAUUCCCACUAGUCAAGUUUACAUACUGAGACAGAAUCUUUGCUGCAACUUAUGUUAAAUGAAUUGCCCAUGUCUCUUAACUGUUGUGUUAAAGACCUAGAAGUCAUAGGAAGCAGCUUUGUAUGAUAACAUAUAUCACCAUAUAGAAGCUUUUAUUCUUCUGGAACUAAAGGUCUUUUCCAGCUGCUUGGCAAACCUAAUUCAACACCAUAUAUGUCUUAAUAAUCCCAAAGGCCAGAGAAGAGCAAUUAAGGUCUUAUCAUAAGCUGACCAGUUAUGACAUAGUUAGUUUAGACAGUAACAAUUCAGUAUUUACUAUUGUUUUUAACAUAAUAAUUAUAAUUAUAAUUAUUUAUUAGAAAAGACUUGAUCAUCAUCGUUGGCCACCUGCUGAUGGAAGCAUGUGGACCACUGGUUCCAUAUCUGAAUCUGCAUUUGUGAAGUGGGGUGGGGGAACUGAGUAUCAUGUCCUUGAUGUGUAUGCUUUGUUACUUAGUCCAGUGGGCACAUUAUAAAUUGCCCUUUGCUCUGAACAGAUGCAAUUGUCUACCAGCCAUCACUAUUGUUAAACUGUAGCAGAUAGGUUUUCUAAUAAAUUAUAGAGUCGUAAAAUGUAUGUUUUUUAAAAAGUCUGGUGAUGUUUAUUUUUAUUUUCGCUGAGUCAUGUACCGUAUUUUUCGCUCCAUAAGACACACCUCCCCCCCAAAAAGUAAGGGGAAAUGUGUGUGUGUGUUAUGGAGCGAAUGCAGGUGGGAGGCUCUUGCUGGAGCCGUGCGCUCUUUAAAGAGCUGCGCCUAGCAUGUGUGCGGCUCUUGUGGGCUUGCUCUGCUGGCUUCUCAGCGAAGUGGGAGGAGGGACGGAAGGAGCUCCAUGUAAGGGCUCCCUUUCAUCCCUCAUCCCACUUUGCUGGGAAGCCAGCAGAAGAAGAGGCACUGCGCAGCUAUAACUCUUGCUCUGCUGGCUUCAGUGAGAGCUGUGCAGCAGGAGAAGGGACGGAAGGGUUUAAAGCAAGAAAAGCGAGAGCCGCUUACAUGCUCUGCGCAGAAUAUAUUUUUUCUUGCUUCUCCCCUCUAAAAACUAGGUGCAUCUUAUAGUCAGGUGCAUCUUAUGGAGCGAAAAAUACGGUAGUUGUUUUGCUCAGCAAUAUUGACACUGCUGGUGAUUCUUGUUUAUUGUAGUUCUCUGCAUUAUUGAGAACCAGGCAGCUGAAGGGCAUCGUGAUAAAGAUAAUGUUAAGGGAAUGAAAUUCAGUAUUCCUGUAGGAAUGCACGAGUUCUCUAACCCAAAUCCAGUCAGCUGAGGUCACGUGGCUGGAAUUACACAGUUGGCUGCUAACUCUUUUUGGCUCAGUACCGCUGGGACUGCCUGCUAAAAAGCAAAAACUAAAGAGGGCAUUGUGUGCUGCAACAUAAUGUUUACAUAAAGUGUGUUUGAAGUCUCUCUGUUUAGAAUAUUUCAUUUAUGAAGAAGAAUGACCUCUUAGAACUUUAGAAUAUUUUGGGGGGGUUUUCAGGUACUGUGAGCCAAAUACAAGUUCUGAGGCAGUCAAAGUUGGUUGUUUUACCUUCCCUAUCUAUGGGGAAUCUGAAGUCCAAUAUAAUAUUGUACACCUUUUAAAACCAGUUUGCAUACCUUAUUUAAGCCAUUUAAAAAGUUUUCUAUUUAAAUAUACUGUAAAUAUACUUAAAUUCCACAUAGAUUCCUUUAAAAUAUAAGUAGUAAUAUUUAAAUUAUAAUAUAUAUAGAAGUAUUACUGGUCAACAUAGCAAUUUAUUUUCCAAAACCUUGAGUUUUUCAAGGCUGUACCCUUCAUGCUGAUGGCAGAAGUUUAGAACUAUCUUGUUGAUAAAAUUUCAGAUGCAGUACUUCUACCAUAGAUUUAAUCAGAAUAUAUAUUUUUAAUCUGGUAGGCAAUGUAUGUGUAACUCAUUCGUGCUAAUAUCUAAACUUGACAUUUUUUAGGAGUAGGUGGACAGGUAGAUGUUGUUAUUUUCUUUUAUUUUUGAAGAAUUUGCAGUCUUUCAAUCUGCUUUCUCUCAUGUUGUUAAGCACAACAGCUAUUUUCCUACCAUUGUACACUGGCAUGAAUUAUUUUCCUCCUGUGCUUUAAGCUGCUUGAAGCCUUCAAGUAAAGUAGAAGUGGGAUUUGACCCAUCUUACCAUUACUGCCUAUGUUCUCUUAAAGUUAAACAUAAUGAGAAACUUGAUGCACAUGAAAUUGUUCACUCUUACCUUAGUGCCUCUGGGGUGGAGAACUAUGGUCCGACUUACAAUGCUAAUACUGCAGUUUCUCUUGAGCCAUGCUUAUACUGAAUCAUAGUUUUCACCAUAGGAAGUUUUCUAUCUGAACAACACCUUUGUCAAAGAAAAAAUAGAAUAUGUGAUCUAUAGUAGAGGACAUCAGCUAAUACAGAUACUAUAAUCAUUUUCAAAAAUCCAAUUUUGUUCCCUAGUAGUUCUUGAAAUAAACCUAAUGAUUUAAGUAGGGCUACUGAGAAUAAUAAAAUGUUCAAAUCUUAAACUGGCAAAAAAAAGUUCUGGUCUCUACUGGAUACAAAUGGCUGCUUAUAACUCGGCACUUCGUUUUGGCAUUUUCUAAUGGAUCUUCCUCCUCUACCUUUUCUCAUCACUUCCCUUUUUUAAUCUUUUUUAAGCUUGUAAGCAUGACGGCAGGGCUUGUGUCUCAUUUUGCCAACAGAUGUGAGCCUCUUUGGCAGACCUUUGUCCGAAAUGUGGGAAAUAAAUGAUUCAGACUUCAUGCAAUUAAGCACGUGCCUUGUGGUGAAUUAAAGUUGCCCCAAGUAAUUGCAUGCAGGCCCAGCACUGAGGGAGAAUACAGGCACUGUUGGCACAGCUCUCUGCUAUGCUUUCUUGGUCAGGAAAAUCCUGUCCCCACACCACCUCCCAGUGGCGAAGCUGCAUGCUCCAGCACUGGGGGCAGAAAGCAGGUGGGGGCGUGUCCCGGGGGCGUAGCAUGCCACCCAUGGGGGUGUGGUGUGCGUCCUGGGGGCACACAGUGCGUGCCUGCGGGGGUGUGGCGCCUGGCACGGUGGGGGUGUGUGCAGCGGGCGUCCAGGACACAGCCGCGAUGGUACUCCCCCGAUGGUGCUGGGGGUGGUGCGCUCCCCCCUUUCCUCCACCAGUGCCUCCUCCCUGGCCAGAAAAAUAGGGAGACCAAAGCCAGAGAAGUUGAAUGAGGGGAAGAGUAAGUGUUAUUGACCCAGUCAGGGUUGGCAAUAACUGCCCUGUCAUGAUUUGCAAGCUGAAUACCGUACAUGAUGCAAACAUUUCAACUGGUAUACUUAAAGUUACUUUGUCCUUAACCACUUUGAACUUGAAACUGAAAAUAUCAACCAAAAAACACAGCUGUAUUUGUAUUAGUUUCAGUCAGACGUUAUUACUACUGUAGUCUUCUCCCUAAAAGCUAAGAUUCUUGGUUACAGCUAAACUAAAACACAGAAUGCUGACUAAUAUUAUAUGUUAUUGAGAUAUUUUUGAAACAGCAGUAAUUACUAAUUCUAUUGCUGAUCAACUUCUCAAACAAAAUUUAAUGCGAAGUAUUUCAGUUUUAAGCUAUUCACUCAAGGAGCUGAAGACCGAAACGAUCAUGUGUACUUUCCUAUUUAGAGCUCUUAGUAUUGUAAGAACAAGUAUGCGUGGCUGCUCAUACAAUUUGACAUUUUUGCUUUUCUGGGAAGGUAGUUGUCAAGAGAAACUUAAAAAUAGAAGGCAAAGGGCAGGUGACAAAAUGUCACACAGGCAGCACCUAGCAGAGUGACUGAAUGAACACAUACACACACCCCAGAUGUCACACUCUUGAUUCUAUUUUUAUAUCUGGUUGAAUAGCACAAUUCCAGCCUCAGCAAAGGAAAGGAGGAGAGAGAUUAAAUAUGCAUUGAGAGCCAUAAUUCAUAGCAUGCUCAUUUAUUCACUCAUAUCUAACCAUAAAACAAUUUAAAUGGUUGGGUAACCUUUUAUUGCAGUCAUUAUGCUGAUAACUAUUUUGGCAGACAUUUGUGUGCCAUAUGGGAUUCUUCUGCAGACAUAGCUAGAGAUUAGAUUGGAUUCACAUGCUGUUUCUUGCUUGGGUAGUGUGCAUGCCUCCCUUCGGGGAAUGGGUGAUUGCAUAUUGGGUAUAGGGCUACCCUACUAUACCACAGUGAGAAGUCAAUAUAUAACUUGCUUGUUAUUCUUGGAAAUGGAUAUCCCAUGAAUGAAUAUGAAACAACGUGGGUAGCAAAUUCCAGUGAAGGUGCCUUUUUUCUCCUUCCAAUGUCAAGUGAGGCUUCUAUUAAGAUUUUUUAAACUGCCCUGCAUUGACUUGAGUUCCUGAAGAAGCUAUUUAAGAGCUUGCUAUAACACUUAGGGUGGUGGUAGAAUGACUGGGCUGAUGAAAAGUGCAAGAUCUAAGCCUUUAUCUAUGUCUUAACCUUUAUAUUGUACUUGUCUGUUAUUUGAGUCUGUAUUCCAGAGUUUAUGUAACUCUGUGUCAACAGCUUGCUAUUUAUUUUGGUGGAUUGAGUUAAAAACAACAACACUAAGAUUGAACUAGCUAGAAUUCAUUUAGGAUCUCAACUGCUAUUUUGGGGGUGGCAGUUUAUAAUUAAAACCAGUUGAUAUAUAGCCCUCUAUGGUACAUACAGCAGCGUGACCAUACCCAAGCACAGUCUCCUGAAUAUGUUAACCAUAUUCUUAUUAUCUCGUUUUCUGGUUCUGGCACGCUACUGUUGUCACCGUGGGUGGUAACCAGAAAUUAUUUCACAGGCUGGCUUGAUCAGGUCAGCCUUUCAAAUAAGUUCACAAGAAGUUACAAAUGUGUAGUCCUCUUCAGGUGUAUUAAUUGUGGGGGUUUGGAGCAAUAGCAAGCAUUUAUGUAGCACUUUAGAGUCUUCAGAACACUUCACAUACGUGAUCUUGCUACAUGCACCCAAUAAGGUAGGCUAAUAUCAUCCUCAUUUUGUAGAGGAAAUUUUCAGAUUGAGGGAAGAUGGUUUGGCUUGCCUAAUAAUAAUAAUAAUUAUUUAUUAUUUAUACCCCUCCCAUCUGACUGGGUUUCACCAGCCACUCUGGGCGGCUUCCAACAAAGUACAGUGGUGCCCCGCAAGACGAAUGCCUCGCAAGACGGAAAACUCGCUAGACGAAAGAGUUUUCCGUUUUGGAGGUGCUUCGCAAAACGAAUCUGCUAUGGGCUUGCUUCGCAAGACGAAAAUGUCUUGCGAGUUCCUGCGUUUUUUUUUUCCUUUCCCCCCUCUUUUUCUAAGUCGCUAAGCCGCUUAUCUGCUUAUCCGAUAAGCUGAUAAGCUGCUAAAAGCCGCUAAAAGCCGCUAAUAGCGCUAAUCCGCUAAUCCGUCAAUGGGCUUGCUUCGCAAGACAAAAAAACCGCUAGACGAAGAGACUCCCAGAACGGAUUCUUUUCGUCUUGCGAGGCACCACUGUAUUAAAAUACAGUGGUCUGUUAUACAUUAAAAGCUUCCCUAAACAGGGCUGCCUUCAGAUGUCUUCUAAAAGUCUGGUAGUUGUUCUUCUCUUUGACAUCUGGUGGGAGGGCUUUCCACAGGGUGGGUGCCACUACCGAGAAGGCCCUCUGCCUGGUUCCCUGUAACUUGACUUCUUGCAAUGAGGGAAGCGCCAGAAGGCCCUCAGCUCUGGACCUCAGUGUCCGGGCAGAAUGAUGGGGGUGGAGAUGCUCCUUUAGGUAUACUGGACCGAGGCCGUUUAGGGCUUUAAAGGUCAGCACCAACAAUUUGAAUUGUGCUCGGAAACAUACUGGGAGCCAAUGUAGAUCUUUCAAGACCAGUGUUAUGUGGUCUCAGCGGCCGCUCCCAGUCACCAGUCUAGCUGCCGCAUUCUGGAUUAGUUGUAGUUUCCAGGUCACCUGGUAGCCCCACAUAGAGCGCAUUGCAGUAAUCCAAGCGAGCGAUAUCUAGAGCAUGCACCACUCUGAUGAGACAGUCCGCAGGCAGAUAGGGUCUCAGCCUGCGUACCAGAUGGAGCUGGUAAACAGCUGCCCUGGACACAGAAUUGACCUGCGCCUCCAUGGACAGCUGUGAGUUCAAAAUGACUCCCAGGCUGCGCACCUGGUCCUUCAGGAGCAUAGUUACUCCAUUCAGGACCAGGGAGUCCUCCACACCUGCCCACCUCCUGUCCCCCCAAAACAGUACUUCUGUCUUGUCAGGAUUCAACCUCAAUCUAUUAGCCGCCAUCCAUCCUUCCAAGUCUCGAGCGGCCCCUUGUAAGGUUGUGUUGGGGUGGAUGUUAAAAUCCCCUAGGACAACCAAACUAGGUGUCUCCAGAACAUCCGCCACAACCUGAAGCAGCUCGGGCAGGAAAUCCUUUGUGCAGCGGGGAGGUCGGUACACCAAAAGGAAUCCUGUACUGCCCCUAUUGCCCAACUUCCAGAACAUGCACUCAGAGAACUAGGUCUUCCCAAUAAGACACCUAGUGCAAACUAAUGACUUCCUAAAAAUCACUGCAACCCCCCCCCCCGCCUACAAGGCCUGGGUUGCUGUGCGUAAGAGAAACCUGGUGGACAAGCAGCAGCAAGAACAGGCCCAUCUGCUUCAUCCAACCAAGUCUCUGUUACACAUGCCAGGUCAAGUCCUCCAUCCACGAUCAAGUCAUGGAUGGCAGUGGUCUUAUGAAUCAUUGACCUGGCAUUGCACAGCAGCACCUUCAGGUCAUGUGGGUAUCCCUUGCUGAUUCCAGUAUCCGUCCGGACAAGACCAGACCCAGAGGCAGGGAUAGUCCUCAAAUAACGACUAAACCUGCCUCCUCGAUAAUGACAUGGUCUGGUCUUAGCGUAACUCCUCCUCCUACCCGUGAUUACUGAGAUCGGUUGUCCCAGUGCAUCUGCCUUGCCCCCCCCCCCCCGUGGAACCUGCCCCAGACAUUUUGUUGGCUGGGACCCACUCCUAGGCAGCCCUGACCCCUCCCCUUAAAACAAAAUAAAACCUAUGUAAAAACAAAACAACACAAUAAAACAAUAAAAACCAAAAACAGUAAAAAUUACAAACGUACCAAAAUUAAACACCAGCUGAGUUCAUGGUAGGCAAGAUUCAAACUAGAAAAUUUCUAGUUUAACUGUCUCUUAAUUUGCAAAAAUACAGCAUACUGCUAUUGCAGUCCUCUUUCAAACACUACACAAGUUUUAGUGAAUCAAAGAGGGUCACAAAAGUUGCCAGAAGCAAGGCAGAGAGAGGAUUCUUUAUACUAACAUCUUGAUGGUCUCCAAGCAUUUUCUGCAUUGCAGUGGGUUGGACUAAAUGACUCUUGGGGUCUCUUCCAACUCUACAAUUCUGUGAUUCUAAGCUAUGUGCCUCAAGGAUGCUUCUGCUUCUUUUCAGAAAAAUGGAAGAAGGGAUUUAUUUCUGUCUUAACUGUCAGCAUCCCAUUAAGCAGGCACUGAACAUCUGUGGGUUGUCUUCUUCUUUCCAGUGAUUUAGUAGAGGUGGAGUUGACAGUAACAAGCGACAAUCCAAUAGGCUGAAAUCAUGAGAAUUCUUCAGGUGUUCCUUUCUCCACACUAUUAGCAUUGCAUUGAGGAGGAAAUGGGGGCCAGCCAUACUCACGGAAGGGGAUGGUGAUGGAGGAGAGUGCUUUUCCCCACUUCCUCCUGAGUGCAAUGUAAUUGUGUCAAGAAAGGAACACUUGAAGAGGGCUUCUGUGAGAGUUUUUAUCAGCAGUUCUAUCUUGCUGAGCUAGUGAAGAGGGACAAAUACUUUCCUUUCUAGGGUUCAAGAUUUUGUUUAAGGUGUUAGUUACUUGCUAUAACUAAAUAAUUUAAAUUAUUGAAUUGCAUAGUUGAAGAAUAAUAACAAUAUAAUAAUUAAUAUUAUAGUGUUACAUAAAUAUUUUAGCAGCGGAACAGCCCUGGUUGGUUUGAUGGCUGUCACCUUUAUCAGGAGAGAGAUGGCAACAAUGCAACCAUGCUGGCACUCCCUGAUGUGUCAGCACGCUUGACACUGCUGACCAUGUUGUCCUUCUGCAACAACUCAGGGGUUUGGGAGACACUCUGUUAAAGAGGUUCUGCUCCUGUCUGUGGGGUCACUACCAGAAAGUAGCAUCAAGGGUCUGUUGCCCUGCCCCAUAGUUUUGGGGCUAUUUAGCUAUGCUGAUAUUUAUGAAAUGAUUGGGAGUUGUCAUCUGGGUAUUUGGAUCAUGGUGUUAUUGGUAUGCUGAUGACCCACAGCUCUCUUCCCAUUCCAUCUGAAUCUGGAGAGGCUGUGAAGGUGUUGGAGUAGUGCCUGGAAGCAUGAUGCACUGGAUGGAGGCCAAUAAACCGAAGCUCAGUUUUAGUAAGGCAGAUGAGCUGUGGGUGGCUGGUUCCUAUGUCUUGUAAUUAAGUGAAUGACCUGCUUUGGGAGGGGUUGCACUUCCUCUGCAGGCACAGGUUCAUAAUUUGGGAGUACUCAUGGAUUCCAAUCUGUCACUGAAGUCUCAAAUACAUUCGGUGACUUGGAAUGCUUAUGCCCAGCUUAAGCUACUUUGUCAGCUGUUGCCAUUCCUAAAUAGUGAUAGCUUGGUCUCAGUACUUCAUGCUGUAGUAAUCACCAGUCUGGACUACUGCAGUGUGCUCUACAUGUAACUGCCCUUGAAGAUAGUCCAAAAGUGGUAUGUGAUACAAUAAGAACCCCCCCCCCAAAUAUGCUUUAUAUUGUUUUUAUAAUUAUUUAUUGUUUUGUUUGCUGCUCUGGACUUCUUUGGGGUUGGUUGGGAUAAAAUAAUACUAAAUGAUUAACAUAGGUCUGUCAUGUUAAUAAUUUAAAAAGUGUAAGUCUGAACUGAAAUACUACAUUUAAUUAAAUUAAUAAAGUGAAAUUGGCAGUGUUUAAAGUUCCUCUGAUCUUCCCCUUCCAUUUUUUUUGUUUUUUAGCAAAUAGAAUGCAUAAUUACUAUUAAACAUUCUUAUAGAGAAGUAUAUAAAAAGCAAAUCUUUUCUAGUUUCAUUACCAUUUUUUACACAUUUGUGAAAUCUAGCAUUGAAAAGUAGCCUACCGAACAUAAAAUAUGAUGCCAAAAUGUUCUAUUUUUUAGGUCGUAUGGGUAUAAAUUUUCAUCAUCCAGGAACAGAUAACAUUAUGGCUCUCAAUAGUAAGUUUACAUUUAUCUUCUUAUAAUGCAGUUUAUAUAAUUUGGCUAUACGCAAUAUGCUUUUAAAUAUUUGUCUUUUGGGUACCGUGAAGAGAAAGGAAAGGAAAAAUAGAUGAAAUAGAUGAAAAGUCUAUGUACAUUUAAUCAGUCUCUAUUGCUACUAUCAUGUGAAACAAAUAACAGAACACAUCUAUGGACACAGGUAAUAUUUGAUCAGAUGCUGAUUUUGUGGAGAUCCCUUAUAAAAUCAUGAGGAUCCAUAAUAAUCUGUGCCUUAUAUACAUGUUCCCAUGGCAGUGCUGGAAAUAACAGAUCUGUGAUUUUUGACAAUGCAAUCAAUGGAGAUGGAUGUGAUUUGAGAUUUGAUGGUAAUUAUUGGUCGUGUGUAAAAUAAAAAUGCAGCUUUGAGAGGAUGUUUUGCUGAAUCUCUUAUGCAUGUCUCACCUCUCUUUCUCUGACUCCUGCGGAGCAGCAUUUUCCUGCUCCCAGUUUUUUUUAAAAAUAUUUUUUUAAGGAUUUUCUUGUUUUACAGAAGUGUAGUGCCUCGUAUUUUUUUUUUCAUGUAACAUUUUUACAAAUCCGUUUCAUUUGUUGAGGCAUUAGGGGGAGAAGGAAAAAGAAAAAAGACAGGGGGUGGAGAGAGGGAAGAUGGAUGGGGGUGGGGUCGGGUGGCGGUGUUUCUAUUAUGUUUAAUGUAUGUAGAGUUUGGUGUCAGCGUUGCUUGUGUUGUUCACUUGUGUUCCUUUGGUGGUGAGAGAGGUUGGGGUUGGCCUAGGGUGUGAUUGUUUGCUUGUGAUUGGCUGUGGUGAUCUUUGUUAGUUUUCCAGAUUGUCCCCCUUUAUACUUAAUCCUUUCUCAGUCAUUCCACUUUCUGUUCUGCUGCUCAUCUGAUUCUUGAAAAGCAAAUAGAGCUAACAGACGAAGUAGACGUACCCAUUGUUCUGGCAUCAUCAUCACUUUGAGCAUAACUUGCGGAAAGGCUUCAUUCAAAACAUUAUAAUUAAGAACAAUGAGCCUUCAUUUUCUUGUGCUUUGCAAACGUGGGGAGGGGGAUAGUCACCUUUGCCAUCUCACGACAAAUGGGGCUCUGAGUGGGAGAGGGCUCAGAGGCUUUGCAGGUGCCAGAGGAAGUCCUCAUGGGUGUCGUUGAGCCCAUGGACGCCAUGCUGGUAACCCCAACUUAAAAACCUCUCCCAAAACCAGUAGUACGGGACUGUGGAAUGAACUCCCUGUUAUAGCUGUCAACUUUUCCCUUUUCUUGCGAGGAAUCCUAUUCGGAAUAAGGGAAUUUCCCUUUAAAAAAGGGAAACGUCGACAGCUAUGCUCCCUGUCCUUCCCUGGAGGUUUUUAAGCAGAAGUUAGAUGACCAUUUGUCAUGGAUGCUUUAGUUGAGAUUUCUGCUUUGUAGGGGGGGGAUGACUCGAUAACCCUCAGGGUCCCUUCCAACUCUACAGUUUUAAGAUUCUAUGUGAGGCCAAGGAGUGUCUUUCUACUAUGUCACCUCAUUCACUUAGACCAGUAUAUGCAGGUCCCACUAUCUGCACGCUUGCUAUCUGAAAGAUCAGUUAUCCACACUUAAAGGAUUAUGCCCAAAUCUCACUCAGCAGGUUCACCUAUCCGAACAGCUGACUUCCUUCCUUACUUCCUUGUUUGUUCGUGCUUUGUUGGUUGGCAGCAGCCAUUUCCCAGAAGAAACCAUGGAGAGAGGAAAAGGGGAGCGAGAUCAGACAAAUCAGAGAGCAGGAGAGAUUGGACAAAUCAGGGUUUUUUAUAUACUGUAUAUUUAAAAACUUUAUCUCUCUUUUGCUGAUUGGCUGCAGCCAUUUCAGGAACAAACCCGGGGGGGGGGGGGACAAGAGCGGACAAAUCCCGCUUUAGAAAUAUUUCCAUAGGAAAUAAUAGAAAUUGUGGAUAUGUUAUGUGAAGGCUUGCCGAAUGAAAAAUUUCCAGGUAAUGAAUUGUGUUCAGUAAGCAGGACCUGCAUGUGCAAUGCAGUACCUUUUUUAAUGUAGUGAAACAUUUUGGGCUUCAGCAGCCUGAGAAUUAUGCCCUGUUCAGGUCUUUAACUCUAAUACCAUAUGUUGGGAAGGCAAGAACAGUAGCUUUACAAUACUUGUUUAUUGGUUAGUGAAGGGCAUUCUACAUAUGCUCAAAGACACACGUUUAUUCACACCAGAAUAUUGCAGCAUGAUGGUUUUCAGUGACUAAAGGAAAAACAUGGCUGAUGAUUAAAUUCCUUCUGGCCUUCCUCUUCCCUUGCUUAGCAGCUAGCUUUUGUGGUAUAGCUUUUGUGGUAUGUCUAGAUGUUGUGGCACUACCAUAGCCAGAAUGCCAAGUUGUCAGGGUUGCUGGGAGCUGUAGUUCAACAUCACAUUGACUAUCUCUGUCUUAACAUAAAAAGGCAAAGGGACCCCUGACCAUUAGGUCCAGUUGCCGACGACACUGGGGUUGCAGCGCUCAUCUUGCUUUAUUGGCCGAGGGAGCCCAGCAUACAGCUUCUGGGUCAUGUGGCCAGCAUGACUAAGCCGCUUUUGGUGAACCAGAGGAGCGCACGGAAAUGCCAUUUACCUUCCCACCGAAGCGGUACCUAUUUAUCUACUUGCACUUUGACAUGCUUUCGAACUGCUAGAUUGGCAGGAGCAAGGACCGAGCAACAGGAGCUCACCCCGUCGUGGGGAUUCGAACUGCUGAUCUUCUGAUCGGCAAGCCCUAGGCUCUGUGGUUUAACCCACAGUGCCACCCGUGUCUUAACAUAGUUCUGAGGUAAUUCCCCACUGUAAACAGGGACAGCAGCAAAAUAGUAUCCAAGAGAUGUCUCUCUAAUGUUCUGCCCAAAGGUUACCAAUAUCACCCUAUUGUAGUUACAGGCCACAUAUUAAAUGUUCUAUAAUUUUAGCUAAGCUCCAUUGUGAGAGUAAAUAUUAGGUUUUCAAAAGGAACUGAUCCGUUUGUUCUUAAACCUACUUCAGAAUCCAAUGCUAGACAUGUUUCAGGGAAUGAGGCCCUUGGAGGCUGACCUCAUCAUUAGAACAGAGUCACACUAAUAUACAAAAUCUCUAUUGCAGGAUAUAUUUUAGUAACAUGAAUGUGUUCUGUAACUACACACAGAUCUGGUUAACAUGUAAUGCUAAGCCAAACCAAGGCUUAGCACAAAUGAGCAAACAUGCUGGAUCUCAGAGAGAUUUCAGCUGCUUUGCUCCUCUGGUCCUGCUGCUGCCCUGCUGCGAGUUAAUGCAUGGUUUGGCUUAGCAUUAUGUCUGAAUCCAGGCUUGUGGUUUAUCUCCCCUAGACAAACCACAAGUGGUAACCCAUAGAACAAACCUUGGCUACUGUUUGGGCUUCAUUAGGAGCAAGAUAAAUGUUGAAAAAAUUGGCUUUUAGGUGUAGUUGACUUUUCCAGUAUAACUGGAAGUUAGACUCUGGAAAAAUCAGCUAUUAACAAACGUAAGACAUGUUAUCCACAGCAGACAGUUGAUUUUUUCAUAGGAAGUUACUUCAAACCAAAGUAUUAGAUUUAGAUGUGGUUUGUGCACUUUUGCCAUGCAGUGACUUGCCAACUUGCUUCUUGCUUCUAUUCUGCUCCUAUUCUAGUAGACAAAAGGAGGAAUGGGUUGAAAUAUAUUUUUGAUUGAUAGUAUUUAGUUGACUGAGAUUAAUUAGCAUUUUCAUUAUCCAAGCAUUUUUGUCCUUCCCUAGUUCCAUGGAAACAUUUUACUAACAUGUCAUAUUAUUUUCUUUAUGUUUAGUCAUUGGUAUCAUUUAAAAUUUUUUGAGCGGGAGGGGGGGUUAUGGUUGUAAGUUGUUUUUAAUUGUUUUUAAUCUUGUGUUUUAAUGUUGUGACCCACCCUCGGACCUUAGAUUGAAGACUGGGUAGUUAAUAAAUAAUUAUUCAUCAUUAUCAUCAUUAUUCAUUUCAUUUCUAUACUGCUUUAUAUUGUUAAGAAAAAAAUCUGUAGUUUACAACCUACAUUUAAACACCAAACAAAGCAAUCCAGAAUAAAACAUUAUUGAAGAAAGUCAAAAUAUAAAGUAUACAUUCAAAGCAACAUAAUUACUAGGGACCUAAAAUAUUAUCUUAAAGAUUUAAAACAUUACAGAGGAGAGCAACAGUGGAAUGUACACUUGACACAGCAGAGCUAACAAAAAAAAACCUUAAACAUUACAAAAGAAAACUUUACUAGAAGGCAAAUAAAAAUGCACUCUUAAAACAGCAUAAUUAGCAAGAGAAUAAAAUAUUAUCAUAAGCAUAGAACAUACUUGCAUCUGUUGCUACCAACCACUGUUCAUGGCAAGUGGCAGCUGUGGAAGUUCAGGUUUGAUGACCUGGGUUUGCCCUAAGAGGCAGCCAAAACCAUCUCUCAUCUCUUCAGCAGUCUCAACUUUUGUAGCUGGAGUAAAUCAGGCCCCAGCCUCCCAGGCCAGGUGGAAAAAGGCCUGCAGGGCAGGGAAUGGGCUGUCCAAAUCUCAUAGCCAAGAUGGUCUCCGGCCACAGUUUUCUGGUACUUCUGAGCCAGUGAACUAUGGGCUCAUCCAUACUGUUGUCUAAUGUGGCUAGUGUAAGCUUCCUAUUCCUUCAUUAUUUCUCUGUUUUCCAUAUGACAUUCUCCUCCAAAUCACUGCCUUCCUGCACUUCUUUUCCUUAAGUCUGGAUUUUCUUAUACCUGGGAUACUCCAAAAAGUGGAGGAAAGGAGUGAUUAGUUCUGGACUGGAACAGUAUUCAGGGUCUCAAAUAGUGGCUGUUGAAGGGUAAACAGGAUCUUGUGGUGAAUGGUUGGUGGAUAGGAAGCAGAAGCCGUAGAGGAAACGUUUGUUCAAAGGAUGAGAUCCAAGAUGUACAGAAUGGAAGAGAGAAUAGAGAUAUGGUGCCAUUGAGUGUUCAAUUUAAGACCCAGGUGACGCUCGUCUUGCAGGACCCAGUAGGCAUGGGGAAUCCCAACUUUGGAAGGGUGAAGGCACUUGUGCAAAAACCAACUGGUGGAGCUCUUCAACUUAACAUGAAAGAGGUGGAACAUAGAUGGUCUGUGUGCCACUAAGAUGAUAUAAAUCACCUCCCUUGACAAACAAGAUUUUGAUUUUUUUGAUUAAAUGGUUUAUAAAAUUUCUUAAAUAUUAUUGUGGCUUUUGUGGGUUUUUUUAAAAUUGCAUUUAAUUUUUAAAAGCUGGUGCUUCUGAAUGAUGACUGAUAAUGUAGCAUUAGGUUGGUUCUGGAGGCAAGUGCCAGAAGGUGAUGGUGGGAAUCUAUUGCUCUGCCUCUUGGCCCUUCCAUUAAUUGGAUGCCACAGGAUUCCAACUUCUUUCAGUCCUUUUUUUUUAGGUUGGCACCUAAAGCACAAAGAAAUGUUAUAAAUAAAAGCAUUUCAAAACUAGCUAUAAUUUCCUCCCUCCCUCAUCCUAUCCUUUGCCAAGGGGAACAAUGAUCAGUGAAACAAAAGAAAUAAUACAUUAAAAGAAAAGUUACAUAACCUGCCCCACCCCAUAUUUAUGCAAACAUUAAAUUGCAUGAAGUUUUCUUAAGAAAUCUAAGACUUUGGAAAAACUCAAGGAAUCUUUGCCAAAUACUUUGAAAUUUUUCCAGGCACUCACACUUAAGAUAAAUAAUUUUCUCUUUCACAGCCAUGUUGGUAAAAUCUUGUGUCCAAAUUUCUGGAUCUGAACUAGCUUAGCACAGCAGGACCAAUUGUUUAGCUUCAGUUUCUGCACAUUGAAUCCAAACUUUCAGAUGUUUGUUUGUAUCCUAAAAUUUCAUAUAUAGAACAUAGAUUAAAUGGCAUAUUUAAGACAUGUGAAUGAAUGCCAGUUCUGCAUUCCAAAAGUUGAGGCUGUGAAGUAUGUCCGUCCCUCCCAAACUGCAACCCUGCCCUGUUUCUCAAUAGCUACAUGAAAUCUCUGAGUGAAGUCAUGUGGAGUUCCAGGCUGAAAUAUUAUCAGAGCUGAGUAACCUCAGCAUACUAUCUCAUUAGUUUCUAGAAAGACUGUGGGCUUAUGAGACCAGAGUAUAAUACUCCAAUCUUGUGUGGUCUUUGGGCUCAACUCUGCGGGCUUUUCUUUUAAACUCCUGCUCAGAACUGGAGUACCUUAAGGACACCUCUCUUUUUAUAUGUUCCCUUCCAUGCACUCCAGUCACCCCACUGAAAGCGAUCACUGACCUGAUUAUUAAUGUUCAUUUACUGCUGCUAUGUUUUGUUGCUAUUGCUUUUUUAUUGCUGUUUCCAAAAUAUUUAUUAUAUUUAAAUUGCAUUAUCUCUAUUUUGUUUGCUGUAAGCUUCUUGACCUUAUUAAAGGACAAGAGGGAUAAAAUUUUCUUGCCAGUUUAGUUCUUACACAGCCCACUGCCUACACACCCUUUCCACUAAGGGUUAUGCAGUCCAUAGCUGAAACAGCAGAACAUUUUAAAAAUAAACAGAGUAAGUCAUUGUUAUGUACUGAGUUGAAUAGGAUCCAAACUGCAGCAGUCCUAGAACAAUAGGAUCCAAAUUGCAGCAGUCUGAUUGGUCCUAGAACAAUAGGAUUCAGAAUGCAGCAGUCUGAGUGGUCCAAGAACAAUGCAGGAACCACCCAAUCAUACUGCUGCAUUGUUCUUGGACCACUCAGACUGCUGCAUUCUGAAUCCUAUUGUUCUAGGACCAAUCAGACUGCUGCAAUUUGGAUCCUAUUGUUCUAGGACUGCUGCAGUUUGGAUCCUAUUCAACUCAGUACAUAACAGUCAUACUCCAAGAAAUCCUAUUGCCAUGAUUAAAUUAAGCCAUUUGAUUCAUUGGGCCUCCUCUCUGAAUGUGGGUCACUUGGCUUACAACCAUUUGAAUUCUGUUAAGUUUAUGUUGUGUGAAUGUGAAAAUCAGCUACAUAUUGGCUAGAAGAGUCAAAUUUUCUUCAGCUACAAUGCCAAAAAUGUUCGUCUUGCAGUCAUGAGCUAUUCACUAUUUUUAUUUGGGAAGUGCUUUCUGGUUGCCACAUAGAUUGGGAUGUCCAUUAAGCUAGCUUCAUAGAAAGGAUUAUUUGUCUGGCUGAAUUCCAUAAAGUUCUGUGUUUAAAUCAUGCCCCCCUCCGUAAAUAUAAAAAGACCUUUGGACAGUAUUCCCCCACCUACCCAGCCUGCCUGCAUUUUUCUCUGUGAUAGAAGAGAAAUACAAGGAGAAUACAAAAUUCAGAGAUUGCUGCAGCAGGGAGGCAGCAAUCAGAAAAUGAAAAGCAUAUCCAUUUGCUGUUCUCAGUGUGAUAAUAGACCCUGCAUUUCUAGGAAUAGCAUGUGUGACUAAAAUGCAGAGAUGCUAUGUCAGGUAGUAUUGUGGGAGCUUCAUAAAGAUUCAGCUGCGUAAAGCAAUGUAUAGAAAUUCACACUAACCCAUUUAAUUAACUCAGAGCUUCAUUUACCAAAUGGCUUGUUUCAGUUGUCUGCCUCAAUCAGAUAAGCACCCUUCUGCUGUUUCUUCUACUACAUUUAGUAACCCAUGUACUAUUAUCAUAGCUCAGUUUUGUCAAGGUUUGUAAAAAACAAUCAAACCCCACUUUGGGGGCUGUAAUUUAAAAAAUAAAAUAAAAAAUAUGUUGAAUAUUUGUGUAAGAAUUAGAGUUUUCUAGCGAGUUUCUUCAUUGACGUUAUUUUGCCAAGAUCUGAGAUGAAUACUGAAGAUUAGUGUUGCUGGGACAUACAAAUAUGUGCACGCACACAACUUUUAGUUCUAUGUCUAGCCAUUUAAACAGAUACUGACGGAUGGUUAUGUUUUGACAAUGCACAUUGCUGAGUUUUCAGUGCUGUAUAUAUUUAUUUCUACUGAGUUCUGUGAGGAACUCUUUUAAAAAUGCUUUCUACAUAAAAAUCAUUCAAGAUUGGCAUCUGGAUAAAUGUCUACAUCCUCUAGACACCUACUACGGAUUCUUUGCCAUUGGGGAAACAUGUUGCCCAGACAGUGCUUCUCUCAGUCACUAACCCUAGGACUGUUUGAAUUACUUAAACUACUUUCUUCAAAAGCCGAAUUUUGCAGAAAACAAUAUAUAUAGUAAUUACUGUUAUGCCAAUACCCACUAUAUUUUUCUGUAUUUACAUGCAGCCAGGAGCUAUGGGCGGAGACGAGGUAAAAAAAAUAUUUUAAAUUUUACUGAAUAUGGUGAUGGGAACAGCAAAUUGAGGCUAUGUACAGCUGUUUAUUUCUGUGGGGCAACAGGAGUGUCUUCCCCUUGCUGCCAUAGUGGCACUAGUCCCAAUACUGGAUAUAUAGCUUUAUAGUUAUAUGAACAUAGCGGAGAAGUGUUUUUGAAAGGAGAGAGAUUUUGUUUGUUUCUUUUAAAAAGCACAGUGCUGUAGUGGUAGACAGUAGCUGCUGACCUGUCAAAGUAAAAUAUUCAUGAAAUGUUGAUAUAUUACUAAUGGCAAACAAAGUUUAACUAUUUUCAAAGAUCUAUGUGAACAGGUGUGGAUCAACAUCUAUGAUCUCACAUGCUUUAACAAAAAAAUGAAAAAUUGAAGUGUUCAAUUUUCUAUUUUUUUAAAAAAAUUAUGUUGCUUUUAAGCAUGUAAGAUUAUAAAAAAUAGCAAACAUUUGCCUAGAAGAGGCACACCAGAGUAUACAUGUAUUGUACCACUGUUUCUGUGCUUUUGGGGACUUCUGGAGGUUUUUACUUUUCCCCAGGCACAGCUCUUAAAGCUAUGACCCAUUUCAGUUUUCAUCAAGGAAUAUGAUAGACCAUAAUAAUAUGUGUAUAUACUGUGGGUAAUUAUUAUUUUAUCAUGCCACCCCCAAGUCUGUAAUGCUCUGUACAGCUUUCCUGUAUCAGAUUCUGUUUCUGCAAUCACGCAAUACAGAUUUCUAAUUGCUUGUGGUUAAUUUAUCACAAAUCAUUGUUUUGCUGCCAAUUUUUAAAGUUAUUAUUUAAUACUUGAAACUGAACUUGAGUAAUUUAACACAUGCACAUAUUCUGCCUUGAUGGUUUUUCAGUGAUGCAGUAUGUUUUAUUACAUUGUUGAAGGAGCAGCUUCAGUUUAAAGUUAUGCUGAGGUGUUUUUUUAAAGACCAGGCUUCUCAUUUUAAAAUUGAGACAAAGGUUUCUGCUGAAAUUAGCAUGUUAGUCUUGAAGUUUCCUAGGAGAGAGAGAGAUGCGGGGAGGGCGGGCUACUGUGGCCCUUUAAAGGAGAACAUUAUUCUUACUGGUUUCUGUGCAAUCCCACGUACGGCUUCUGUGUUUGCAUACAGCAAACUUCAGCACCUAGAGCAGGGGUCAGCAAACUUUUUCAGCAGGGGGCCGGUCCACUGUCCCUCAGACCUUGGGGAGGGCGGACUUUUUUGGGGGGGGGGAAUGUAUGAAUUCCUGUGCCCCACAAAUAACCCAGAGAUGCAUUUUAAAUAAAAUCACACAUUCUACUUGUGUAAAAACACACUGAUUCCCAGACUGUCCGUGGGCCGGAUUUAGAAGGCGAUUGGGCCGGAUCUGGCCCCCGGGCCUUAGUUUGCCUACCCAUGACCUAGAGCAUAGAUAAAGAACUUUGUGACCCUCCAAAUGUUGUUGGAGUCCAGCUCCCACCAUCCCCAGCCAGCAUGACCAAUGAUCCCCAAAACUGCUCUAGAGCCAAGGGCCGUCCUUGGGGUACAUGCUUAAGGGACCAUAGGCUGUACUUUUGUGCUUGGAUACUUCAUGAGGAAAAGAAAGUCACAAAUGUUGAUUUGCAUAGGCCUGUUUGACAGCACAGAUGACCAUUUCAAGAAAUGUUGUUACAGGUAUCAACCUCCCCGCUCCCUCCCAAAAUAUUGCCAUGUUCUCUGUCUCUAACCAGUCUACUCAGUCACAAUUUCCAGACUUGAAUAAUAUUGCCAAACACUAUAUCUGCCAAUCAUUCCAACGAUGUGCCACUGGCUGGCUGACCUGUGAAGGGCCUACAGGAUUUCAUGCUUCUCAGAUUUCCAUAUCAGCCAUGACAUGGCUGCAAUCCUAAACCCUUAGUUGUAUGUAAGUUCCAUUAAAAUCAUAAGUAAGUCCCGUUAAAAUAUUUCUUAGUAGACAUGUAUAGCAAUGCACUGUUAAUAUACUAAGGGCUCGAGUAAAAAAUAUCUUAGUCUCAUGUGCAACCUUCUAUUUUAAAAGGCACAAAUACUAUCUGUCUUUGAAAUAUAAGCACUGAAGAAAACUAUGCGAAGCAGGGAACACAUUAGCAACUGGAUCCCCCGCCCCCGCCAUCAGCUAAGCAGAGUUUGUUAGUUAAUCAAAACUACUAGAAGGAAUAUUCUCAUAGUUCAUAUUCUAACUUGAAUAGGGAAGUUUUCUUAUUUUUGUAUCUGCCUCCUUUUUUUGACUCUUACGGCAGUGGAUACCUGGCUUUUUCCAUCAUUUCUAGGCAGGGUUACAUGAUGGUGCUUGAGGCUGGAGGGGAAUAUUAGAUCUGAGACACCUCCCCUUUUCUACUUACAUUUCGUUGCUAUUGUUCUGCAUGCAUGUUACACUUUUCUGUCCUUUUCAUUUCUGUCCUUAACUAAAUAUUGAAUUGUUUCACUUUUAAAAUUAGAGUUGUGAAUGCAGGAUAACUGUUCCCAACACCAUUAACUAAUUAAGAGGGAAUGCAAGAACACACACAUUUCAAUUCACCUAAUGAGAAAGCGAAACAAUCAACACAUUAUAGAGUCAUUAUCCUAUUCUCUAUUUUCUUUUACUGAAUUUUAGAGAAAAUAAUAGAGAAAUUUUGAGUCAUCUUGCACGUCGAACUUCUGUUGUUGUUUUACUCACAUGUAAAAUUCCAUUUUGAAAAACUGUUUCCAGAUAAUGAAACUUUGGAAAAUAAUAUUUGAAAUGAUAAUAAAACAGGUUUAUUAAGAAUGAAAAAAGUUUGUAGGUUGACAUUUUCAUAGAACAGAUGUUGCAGUUGUCUUGCUUUGGGGAUUGCUGAUGCAUCAGUGCCAUGGAUGCUUAUUGGAUAACGAUGGGCACGCAUGAAGGAAGAUGAACCUUCUAUUUUGACACCAAGUCUGUGGAGUAGCAAAAUGUAUUUAGAGUGUUUUUGGGUGCUGCUGCUUAGUAUUGUGCUAGAAACACUAACAACUUUUGACCUACUGGAUUUUAAAGCAACUUAAAUGAUUUUUGUUGCUUAUAAAAUUGUUUAGCUGGUAUUUAUUAUUUUAACUGUCUUGAUUAAUUUUUGAUAGAAAUGGAUACAAAUAUCUUAAAUAAACAAAAAUCUAGAAAGACCCACAGGGCUAAGACUAUCUCUACAAUUCUGAACUAGUGUAACAUUUUAAAGUGAAAGCUGAGAUGACCAGCAUUCUUUCUAACAAGCUUCCUUGUCAAGAUAAAAUUUCACCGAGCAGCGCUGACACAUGAACAGGGAUAGUCUGAAGAAACUAAUUAUUGAUGAAAAUGUUUUCCAACAUGGACUUGGAUCCAAAGAUAAGUUAAUUUAACCUAAGGAAGUUUACAGAAGGAAAAUGUUAUGUUCCUUACAGCCACCUGAACCUCCCAAAAAUCUUUUUCAGAGGUUUUGGCAUGCGGCAUUGGGGGCACUGCAGGAGGUGAGGAAUUGAGUAGACCUCUGCCUGAUUUGGGGCAGUCUUCUACUCCCUUAGCACACCCCAUCCACACCCCUUCCUACAUUGUUUAAGAAGGCCCUCUGAUCCUCUGGAGUGACUCUGGAGUGGGGUACAGAUGGGUAUUUGAGGAGAGGAGGGCGGGCAUGCAAAACUUUCCUUCCAUGCACUUCAAGUUUUUAUCUUGCAAUCCAAACCAUAGUUUUUGAGUGUAUCCAAAAUAGGAAUUACAGUAUGAUUGGAUCUUGCAAGGGUGUUAUGUUCUGCAGUGGUGUGUAUACACAAAAACAUGUAUACUUGAACUGCUCCCACAUGACCAUCCUUACCUUCCAAGCAAGGCAGAGAGCAUCCCAGAGCCCAAUAAGCAAGUCUGAAAACCAAGUUACAAAAUGACCUUUCAAGCUCUCCACCUUGCAUGCAAUUACCGUAUUUUUCGCUCUAUAAGACUUACUUUUCCCCUCCUAAAAAGUAAGAGGAAAUGUGUGUGCGUCUUAUGGAGUGAAUGCAGGCUGCACAGCUUUCGCUGAAGCUAGGAGAGGAAGAGAGAUCGGUGCGCACCGAUCCCUCUUGAUCUCCUGGCUUCAGAGAUAGCUGCCGGAACCCUCCUGAGCGAAGUGGGAGCGCUUCUCCCGCUGUGCUCCGGAGGCUUCGCAUUGCUUUCGCUAAAGCCAGGAAAAAAAUAUUCUCUCCCUCUCUGCUCAACGCCUCUCCAGCAAAGCGGGAGGAGAAACGGAAGGGGCUCCGUUUCUCCUGCCGCUUCGCUGAAGGCGUGCUGCGCAGGGAGGGAGAGCUGUGCAGCACCCCUUCAGCGAAGCGGGAAGAGAAAUGGAGCCCCUUCCGUUUCUCCUCCUGCUUUGCUGGAGAGGCGCUGAGCAGAGAGGGAGAGAUUUUUUUUUUCUUGUUCUCCUCCUCUAAAGCUAGGUGCGUCUUAUGGUCGGGUGCGUCUUAUAGAGCGAAAAAUGCGGUAGUUUGUGGGCUUUCAAACAGAUGGCUUUCAACUGUGCAAAGUUGAAAUCAUGCAAGUUAAUUGUGCGUAAGAUGCGAUCGUACUAUAUUGGCUACUUACAUUAAUUAGGACUUGCUCAUGCUUCCACUUUAGUCUACAUUUUAAGAUGAAAUUUUCUUAUGCAUCCAGCAUUUCUUCAAAGCAAGCACCUUAGCACGGAGUGUUUCCCCAUGUGUUUAAAAUUGUUCAGGUGUUUAAUACAACUGGCCCUUUCAAAACUUUUUAGUUUCCUAAAAUUAUAGUAUAUUGCCCAUUAUAAUUAUUAUGAACAUUCCAGGUGACAGAAUAAGAGAUUAAUCUUCUGUGUUUGAUUUUUAUUACAAUAAUAAUAAUAAUAAUUUCCUAGGCAAGUAAAACAUAGAUGCUGGACAAAAUACAUUAACAUUUACAAAAUCCUACCUGCAGACUUACAUUCUAAUCAAUGCUAUAAAACAAGAAAAUGGCUACAGAUAAAUUUUGUGAUCUACAAACAGAAUGGGCUACUUUAUCAUCUUUUAUCUCCUCUUUCCAAGCUAGCCAAAAUUAAUUUCUGAACUCACUUGACCACUGUGUGUAUUGUGUGCAUCUGGAUGAAUGAGUAAGGGGGUCCCAACAUUACCCUCGUCAUCUGCACAUGUUCAAACUGGUCAUUGCUGGUAACAUGCUUGACAUGUAUUAAUAUCAGAAAUGACACUUAUUCACAUGUAUGGUUGGAGGAUCAAGUGCAUAUUUUAAAAAUUGUGUGGUGGUUGGUUGGUUGGUUGGCAUUUGUCUACGCCAUCAUCUCCAAGGCAUGUGGUAAAGCCCCAGGAAAGGACAGAAUCCCAACAGAAGUGCUGAAAGCAAACCUCAACUCAUCCCUCAUGAUGCAUGGUGAUCAUAUAAUUAUUAUUCACAGCAUCUGAACCCACCUAUAUUUGACACAGGUGUCUUACAUCAUCAAUUUGACACUUGUAGAUGCUCAUCUAGAGUAAAACAGUGUAUUAUUGGUUAGUGAUCCGAGUACCACUGUUCAAGUCAUGCUGUAAUAUGUGGAACAGGUAGGCAAGAGAAAAUUUUUGUACUCAUCUGCAAUAUAGAAUUCACUUACCUCUGGCUACAGCAGUGAUAACAUAGCAUGAUAGAAGGGAUUUUAAGACCCAUUGGGGGGAAGCAUGAACUGCAACAUUUUAAAACACUCUUAGUUUGUUCAUUAAAUAUGUCUUUCCAGAAAAGUGUAAUGUUCUGACUUCUAAUACACUACAACAUUUUUUGCAGGUCGUUCUUCACUCUUUCCUUUCGAAGAUGGCUUCUUAGAUGACAGCCAUGGUGACCAGUCUUUAUCAUCGGGUCUUAGCUCUCCAACCCGCUGUCAAAAUGGUGAAAGAGUGGAACGUUAUUCUAGGAAGGUGUUUGUUGGAGGUCUGCCUCCUGACAUUGAUGAAGGUACUAUGAAAUAGUAAUGUUCAGUGUGGGGAGAGGAAGGGAAUUAUUGUCAUUUUCCUUGAAGUUCCCUUUCUAAAGGUCUUUACAACUUUUUUUAUAUAUAGAUGAAAUCACUGCCAGCUUUCGUAGGUUUGGACCUCUUGUAGUAGACUGGCCUCAUAAAGCUGAAAGCAAGUCAUAUUUUCCACCUAAAGGUAAUCUGGUUAAUAUAAGCCUUCUGGUGCAUGUAAAUGUUCCUUCUGUGUGUGAAUGUUAUUUUUAAGUAUAUGUUUUUAAGUGCUUGAAGUAUUUUUAAAUUAAGGUGCUUCUGAUGGUAGAAUAUGGAAUAAACACGAAAAGGAUGUCCUUUUAACAGUAAUUUGUUUAGAAAUGAAUUUAGAAUUUCAGCAUAUGAGGCUUUGUAUGUGAAUAGUUUCUUUCUUCUCUUUCUCUAAAGACAUAUGUGGUUCUUGGCUUUUUCUUUUGGCUUUUCAAAGUUCUUUAAUCUCUCUCUUGAGCAUGUACACAAGGUCACUCUAACAAUAUGCUAGAUGCAAUAUCAUUGUGUUUGCUAGUAUUUUAGGACAUAAAUUCAUAACCAUUUGCAUGAGUGUCCAGCAUCUGGAUUGUUUAAAAGAGCUUAAAGUUGUUGCAAUGCUAGUCCAUACAAGACUUCAUAGUCACAGGCAUACUGUAUAGGACAGGAGUAGCCAGUGUGGUGCCUUCCAGAUGUUGCUGGACUACAUUUUCCAUCACCCCUGAUGAUUAGCCUAGAAAAAUGUAUGCCACUUCAAUAGGCCGUAUUUUGGGCUGUGAACGUACAUUUCCUCUUCUCUAGCUGGGUUGAGCUGAGUUGAUUAAUAGUAAGUGAAGCAUCUCUAGCAGUAAUAUUUUUGAGAGCAUGCUGACUAAUAAGAUUCAUGAUUCCUAUUCAAACUAUUGGGCAGAUCACUGGAGGAUCAUCCACUUGAUAAUUGUUUAUGUUAAAAACAACUGUAUUUUUCCAAAAUGAUUUUUAACUAUAGCAAAAAAAUGACGCAGUGGAUAUACAAUAUAAACAUGUUGAUGAGAAAACCAAAAUUAAUCAGUUAACCUGCCAGUUUGAUUGCAAAGUUUAAAGAUGCCUUUUCCCCAAAGAGCAUUUGUAGAAGGCUAUGAUUUUAUUUUUAUUUUAUCAUACAGGCCUAGGGUAAAACCAGUUUCUGCUUCACCAGGUGAUUCCUAAUAGUGUGUGGGUUUCAGAGUUGCCUUUGAGCUCACAUAAAGAAUUGCAGUCCAGGAGAGACUCCUCCCUGGGGGGACGGUGGGGUUUAUUAUUGCCUGUUUCCCUCCCUCUGUGGCAUCUCUUUCACUAUUCCACAGAUUUCUGCAUCCCCAUAGGGAAGAUAUUCAGAAGAGAUGGGGGUCUGAAGGAGCAGGGGGAGAAGGAAUUGGCAAAAAUCACUUCCCUUUUUCCUCCAGCAAAAGCAUCCCAUGAGUACAUGGGAACUAUGGAGCCAAGCCAGUAUGUUUCCUCUUGCUUUAGUUUUAAAAAAUACCUAUUGCUGAACUGCAAAAGGCCUUAAUUGUUACUGUUGGAAGCAGUUUAAACUACCUUUGAGGAAGCUAAAUCAGUGCUCUGUCAUGCUUGUAAAAAUCUUGUUGAGUAAGAUCUAUUUUAGCAGAAGACAAGGAAACAGUCUUUUCCUAUUUUUAUCAUGGUUCUAAUGUGGGAAACAGCUUUCAAAGCCCCUGCCAGUUGCCCUGAAUGUCUGUCUGAAAGUGCUAAAGAACACUUGGUCACAACUGUUCCAGAUUAUUUAUAACUGACUUCUGAGCUGUCAAAGCUUUCAGCACAAACCCUGUAGCACGAAUAUAUUAAACUCUGUUGGUCAGGUAAACUUGGGAACAGGUACUUAAUUGACAACUGCAGUACCAUUCCUUCUGUGUUCAAAAGGCUGGUGCCUUUGCAGGUAUGUUCACAUUCUUAUGUUGACAGUCUUUGUUAUCAUGUUUCUAACUCCUCCUGAGCACUCUUCUCACCCAUCACUGGUUGUCAGGAUGCUUAAAAAAUAACCUUGCCAAUGUUUCCUGAGAUCAACAUCUAUGCCAGCUAGCUAAGAGUACUUUUUACUGUAUCCUUUGUGGCUUGUAAACAUUUUAAAAGUUUAUCUCAGGCUUAUAACUGUAGUUGUGCAAUACCAUGGGUGUCACACCCCUUUUCUAUAAGUGUGUUUUGAAUCUUCUAGGUAACCCACCAAAUCUUUGACCAUCCAACCAGCAUUGUCACAUUCCAACUCCCUUAAGUGAAGGGGAGCUUUUGUGUUUUGAUGGCACAGACACUUGGCAAGUACUGCUCCUUUUAUUGGCUGUAGCAUCAUAGUGUGGAAAGCUUCUUCAUGUCACCCAGCAGCUUUUUUGGUUAAAGACUUGGAAUCCUACCGAAGGUCUGCUUGCCAUCUAAAGUUGUAUGUUCCCAUUCCUGUCUUAGUUUUGCAGUGGUCAACAUUAGGGAAGUCUUUGGUUGUAUUUCUGGAAUUUCCACCCACAAAGCCUAUUAUUCCCAUUGCUUUGUCAGCCCCACACUUUUUAUGUGAUGAGUAUGUACAUCUUCAGUCAAUUAUGUCCCUGUAAUUGUUGGGAAACUCCUCCGUCACUUCUUGGUAAUGACGGUUCCAAGGCAGUUGUUGACAGAAGCCCUCCUGUCAGCCCCACUGGGGCAAGUCAGAAUGGAAUAGUUGACGUAGUGGCAAGGAAUACCUGAGCUGCACUGGGAAGAGGAUGUUUGUUGCUCCCAGGACAGCAACAUUUCAACAGCAGACAUGAGAUCAACAUAGCCAGGAAGUCUGCCGUGUACAUCAGCAGAAUCACCACUCCUCUUGGUUCCAAGUACUAGGAGUUCACAUCCAAGGUUGUUGAAGCUUUGCAUGAGAUGUCAGGUAAAGGAGAGAGAAUCUAUACAAAAGAUUUGACAACUUUCCCCUUGGGCUAGUGGUCCUGUACUUAAAAGCACAACUCUACUCCUUUGGUGUCUUCAGAUUUAUUGAAUCAAUUCAUAUUGAAUCGGCUGCUUUCUCUACUACCAAGUUGCGAAAAACUGCCAACAACGCAUUCAACAGCUACAAACAGCUCAAAGAUUUCACUAAAAGAAAUCUCAUCUUGGCUAGUGUUAAAGAGGCACAGGGAUUGAAAGGUGCCAAAGCUAUGGAGCCCCUUCCCCCAUUCUUUGUCUUUUCUCCACCCUACUUUUUGACUAAGUUAAUUUAAGUCGCAUUCCUGAAUAAAUACUGGCCAACUCUCCCUGCGACAGUGUUAAUCAAGAAUCCCGCUUCUCUUUGUUUGUUUUGAAUUCCUUGCCUUCCUCUCACUGAGGUAGCUUGAUGAUGAUCCACCCUGCUUCCAAGUUGAAUUUAUUUUACCAGAGUUUUGUGUCUCGUAUGAGUUCUGCUUUUCUUUUCCACAUAACAUCUGACUCAGCUAGACAAUCAAAAUCCCCAGAUCUUCCCCCAAUGCUCUCCUGUCACUCAAAUUCUAAGCCUUACUUACCAGUCAAGUCGCAUGUUGAUGAAAUACAAAGUUUAUUGAUACUUCUCACAACCCCGUUCUUCUUUGUGAUCUUUCAGGUACAUUAUUAUUAUUCUUCACAAACUCUUGGAAAAAUCAUCAGGCACUGCUACCUACAUAUUGCCUUCUUUUUUACUCUAGCCAAUGCUUAGGAAGCAGUUGCAUAGACGCUAUAUCUUCCUAUUCUACUAGUUUAACCAAAAGACCUCUAACUUGUUGUUGAGCACUGUUACUCUGAGAUGUUUUACUCCUGAGCCAAUUACGGUACUAGGCAAUGAUACCUUAAAGUCAUCACUCAAAUGUAUAUGUAAUUACUGUUAUUUAAACAAUCACCACAAAUCAUUUAAGUAUUCUUAUGGUUUGUAUCCUAAGCUAAGUGUGCUGCUUAUUAAACAGUAAUGCUGUGGAUUAAAUAUUAAAUCAAAAAGCUGUAAUUGCAAAGGCCAACCAUCUUCAUACUAUGUUAAUAAAUAGAGUCUUAGAGUGCUAAGAACAUAAGUGUUUUCACAUAGCUGACUUCUCGGAAUUAAAGCUGAGUCCCUAUAUUUGAACAAGAGAUUGCUAUUUCUGGUCUCUGAGACAUUCAAAAAAUGGCUUUCACAUAGCAUUUUACAUUCUCCAUACUCCAUACCAAGCAAUGCACUGUGUGUGAUGUGGGUGUUAGUUCUAUCCAUGAUUUUGCUUCUAUGAAAAACUGAAGUAGCAUUUGUUGUUUUGAAGAUUCUUGGAGCGUAUUGUAUAUUGCUAAGGAUUACAGUACAGUAUGUCCAGGGCAAAUGGCAAAGUACCGUAUUUUUCUGUGUAUAAGACGCCCCCAUAUAUAAGACGACCCCCCUUUUUUUAAUCCCAGAAUUAAGAAAUUGGGCCAGAGACCAAACUCAAGCUUGGGCCGUCCACACCAGAACUCAAACUUGAACCCCUGUGCAUUCACCACCCAUGUAUAAGACACCCCCCCCAUUUUUGACUAUUUUUUUAGCAAAAAACAUCAUCGUACUCAGAAAAAUAUGGUUAUAGAGUUAAUAAAAGGUAUAACUUAGUUGAUGCAGUUGUUCAGAUUAAAGUAUUUAGUUGCAAACAAUUGAGUAAAGUGCAUUUUGUGGUUAUGGAGAUAAUUCUGAAUAUUUUGUCCAUAAGCUUCCUAUUAAGUUAUGAAAUGCCUGUUCUAUUACUUAAAAUUUGUAUCUCACAAUUAUUCAUAGAAGAGACUCUAUAGAAGAUACUGUAAAAAUCCUAAUAGUAUUAUUUAACAUCUGUAUAGUGUGUUUAAAAUGCUUUAUAUGCAUUAUUCUGUUGUAAUCGUAUAUACAACAGUUAUAUAAGGUAAAUCAGUGUCCUUAUCCCCCAUAUUGCAGAUGGCGAGAAGUUUGAUGAGAGAGGGUUGCAGUUAGGAAGUUUACAGCAGAAGCAAGAUUUGAAGCAGGGGUGCCCUGAUACAGAAUUCAAUCUCUUAGCCACUAUGCUUCAUCACAUAAAAAUACAUUUGAAAAUAUAAUUGGGUACAUUAAAUAGCAAGCACAGAAAACAUCAAAAAUGAUACCAGCCAAUAAAAGUAACUUGCAUAAGUGCAUGAUAAAAUAAGAGCUUGGUCAGGUAUGUUUUAGUAAAGAUUUGGAUUGAUUAGUUAGUCUAGGUAAGAAAGCAGAGUAAUGGAAUAGGUUAACCAAAGCUCUUUCCUAAUGUUAUCUUAAGGGGCAUAGGCACAAUAAAUGUGAUUGCUGCAGGGUUUCCCCACUGGCUAACCUGCAGCUGAACUCUUCAAAUGCACAUGCUGUGAAACAUAAUCCUCUUUCCUGCUGUCGCCUUUCUCCCUACUUCAUGUGCCAGGUAUGCAAGUGGCACUGUCUAAAUAAAAACAUAAAUAGAUUGGAUGACAAAAAGCUUCAGAAUUUUAAUUUUUUGUUUAAAAAAAUGCAAAAUUGGUAAAAUGAGUUUUGAAGAAGCCUGUAUCCUUCAAUUUGCAUAUUAUAAGAUCUUUAAAACCACACAACUCAACUUCAGUUAAGUAUGAAAUAGAUGAUUGUAUUUGUCCCCUCAACUUCAUCCUGAAUGUUCAUGUAUAUAAAUGUGUGUGUAUGUGUGCAUGCAUAAUAUAUGGGAUGAUAGCUCUAUCAGUCAUCUCUUUACACUUUUAGAAUACAAAACUAAAACUUCAUUUUACUAUGUUAAUGCUAAACUGGUUUCUGAAGUGGUUGAUUGUGUUUCAUUCACAGAAACAGAAAUGUAAUUUUCUUACCUGGAAGUUAUUCCACCUAUUGCUAGCAAGUGCCAAAUCUAAAUCAUACUUUAGGUUUGUUUUUUGUCUUGUCUAUGAAAGACUACAUACUAUCUUAAAUGUAACACAGUUCAUCCUUGCCUCAUUGAAAUCUUUGUUGUUGUUUGCUCAUUCAUUUGACUUCGACAAAUACCAUUUUAAAAUUGAAUAUAGCACCUGAACUUUUUAGUAUGUCCCUAGUCUACAUUUUGUUGCAAAUUGUUAUGGACUGUACUAGCAGUUUAGUCUGAUGCUUUAAAGUUGAUGCAAUUUUUUGAAAGAAGAGCUGCCUUAUAAAGCUAAGGAGAAAAAUGUAAUCAAAACAGUAAUAUGAAUAUGUGUGCAUUGAUAUUUCUACGUAAAAAGAUGUAGUGGCCAGCCAAGAAUAACCAAACUAUAACAGUUGUUUGUAAUGCUGGGUGCACUGAUUUAAACAGGUUUUUUUUCUUAAAAAAUGUUUAGGGGUAUUCUCUUUUUCCUACUCAUAUUGAAAUACUGCUCCUCAAUAAGGCCAAACUUAGAUUCACAAAAUGUUUAGGGGUAUGUGUACCCCUGCAUCCCCCCAGAAAAAAGCACUGGAUUUAAAUCAAGGCAACUCAAAUUAAUGAUUUAAAUCAACAAGAAAAAUGGUUAAUUUAAAGCACUGACUUAAAAGAAGUUUUGUAUUGAAACUUCAUAUUUUUUCCCAAAUAAUGAUGCAAACCAUGACCACUAAAUUAAUUUAGAGUUGCAAAACCUUACUAUAAAUUGUGUCCUCCCUAAAAGAGGGCACAUGUUGCGGUGAGACCUGGAGACCGACCACCUGUGUUGUGGGUGGGUAAGAUUGGUCAGCCACAACACCCGAUUGGUAGGUCCCUCAAUGUUGGGUUCAAUCUGGCCAUCCGAGUUCCCAGGAGCUGACAACUUCUCAGUCUCUUGGUAUAGUAAAUGGCUUUUUCUGAGCAUCAGAGGUUAAUCCCCUGUUCUACAGCUUCUACAGCUCUGGAUACCUACACACUCUAUGGAGCAGCUGCCACAACAGCAGACCACUCCCCCUCUACCAGUUUAUCUACCUUCCCUGAUGGGCUGCUUGACAGAGGCUACAGCUGCGUGGAAGCUUCCUCUCCUAAUCCCUUUUCAAUCCCCUCCUGAGAGACAGUGGUGCAGGAGAGGGUGGGGAAGCACCUAGUCCUUCACUUAUCUGACCUGCCUUUUCUUCCUCUUCUUCCAACACAUCCUGUGCUCCACCCUCCAGCUCUGAAAAGUCCCCUGCUUUCAACUCUUGCCCCCUGGCCUAUGCAGUACCACACAUGUCAUUGACCGCCUCUCCUGAGUCAGACUCCAGCCCCCCUUUCCCCAGUGCACACUUGUCACCGUCCUGCCAGUCCUGGACAGAAAACCCUUUUACCCUGACCCCGGUUGUGUCGGGAGCAGCUCUUCAAAGCUCAUUGAAAAUGGAUCAGUUGACACAAAUUUCUUGCAUGUUUUCAGUGGAGUGUUAAGGCAAAAUAGAUUUUCUUUAUCCCUAGCAAUAAUUAUACUCUCUCCGUGUUGAUUCGUCCUUUUAUAGAUUAACUUUCAUUCUUCACAGAGUGCUUCUGUAUUUGUGAUACAGAGAUGCUGCUGCUGCACAAAUUAGUUUAAAGCUUUAAUAUGAAGAAGUCCAAUAGCAAUAAGGAAUAAUGUCUUUUAUGUGGCAAUUUUCCUGUGGCUUUGUGACAGGAGGGCACUACAUAGGAAUCAAGCUGUAAAACUAUUUUUUCCUCACAUCUGAAAUGUUUAUGCACCAUUUCCUUGGUUGAAUGAGUCAGCUGGCACUGCAGUACAUUGCCACUGCCUAAAGAAACUAGCUUCAUAGCCUAAUAUGCAAUAUCACUCUUCUGCAGUAGCUAAAGUAAGAUUAGUCUCUUCUAUUUUGCAAUUUCUUUAGCGCUAAUGCCUUUGAUGUUUUUGGAAAGCAAGUCACAGCACAGCAACGCUUUAAAUGAAACUCUGCAGAUUUUUUUUUAAGUAUCUCUGGAUUCGUAUUCUUAAAUCAGCUUCUUUGACUUUUCAUUUCAUCCUUGGAUUUUGAAGUACAAUUUUAUUAGUGUUCAAAGCAUACAAUUAUAAAGUUAAAAAAUAUGCCUGACUCUAGAGCAAUGACCAUUUAUGCUAAUUGUAACUAAUUAAAAAAAAAAAGUUGCCUACAUUUCUUAAGGGCUGUAUUCAAGUAAGUUAUAUUCGGAGUAGACCAAUUGAAAAAUGUGGACUAACUUAGAUGCACUGAUUUCCGUGGGUUUACUCUGGGUAUGGCUUGGAUAAAAUACUAAAUGUUUUUCUCAUGUUUCUCAUAAAGAGGGGCCUAUAUGCCAUCUCAAUAAAUAUCAUUUUACAGCAGUGGAAUUGGGAGCAGCCCACUGCGGUGACAUUAUAAAGCUUGAAGAACAGUUUUAACACACUUUGCAAAGUGUCAAAUGUCUGCAAUUUAAAUGUAUUUUUGCUGAAUAGCUAUGGUCAUAGAGUUUAAAUGUGUUCUUCCCCAUUCUGAUCAAAUGCAGUAGCUGUCUUGAAUAGGAAAUUCUAUGUAAAACAUUUCUGAACAGUGCCUGUGCACAGAACAAAUUUUAUAUCUAUAAGCGAUAUGUUCUAUUGCUGAUAUGCUGUUAACAGUUUAGAAAGAUUUCCUGAAUUUGCAAAUUCAAUCUACCAUUUCCCAGUAGAAAAACACCUUAUUUUUUAUUUAUCUUUAUCUGUUUGAGUCAAUUCAAAUAUUAAUAUUUAGCUAUGGAUCCAAGAUAUCUCAUAGGUACACUUAAAAGAAGGGCUUUUCAGGUGUUCGCUUAGCAUAGAAUUAUUGUUUAUAUAUGGAGAGUGGUCUGUCUUUUAGCCUGAUCCUCUUCCUAUGAAGUGGUAGGAACCGUUCUGCUUGUGAAUUUAUGCAAAUGCAGCAAUCAUUAAACCCCAUCCUAAGCCUUCAUGCAAAUAAUGCCUUAGGAGGUCAGGUGUAAACAAAACAAUUGACCCUGUUCGAGUCUGGAAUGUUUGUAUAUGCCUUGUUUCCACACCAACAGUGUGCCUUGAAUCAACUGUGUCCACGAUACAUCUGUCAUACAGAAUCCAUGCCAUGUUUUAAUUUUAAUAUUUGUGUAUUUAAAUGUAUUGCUUUCCCACAAUAAUUUAUAUCUUCUGACUCUAUUCCUGUUUUGUAAUUUUGUUCUCUUCCAAGGUUAUGCCUUUCUGCUAUUCCAGGAAGAAAGCUCUGUGCAAGCUCUAAUAGAUGCCUGUCUGGAAGAGGAUGGGAAACUUUAUCUAUGUGUAUCAAGUCCCACUAUCAAGGACAAACCAGUAAGUAAAUCAACAUACUACCUUUUUAAAAUACCGUAUUUUUUGCACCAUAACACUCACUUUUUUCCUCCUAGAAAGUAAGGGGAAAUGUCUGUGCGUGUUAUGGAGGGAAUGCCUAUGGGUGGCAUGCCUACGGAUUUUCCUCCUCUAAAAACUACGUGCGUGUUAUGGUCGGGUGCGUGUUAUAGAGCGAAAAAUACGGUACAUAUAUAUAUAUAUAUACAUAUAUAUAUAUAUAUAUAUAUAGCUGAAAGUAUAUAUAUAUAUAUAUAUAUAUAUAUAUAUAUAUAUAUAUAGCUGAAAGUCAACUACUGUUGUGCAAAAAUGGCUGUCUCUGUCCUGUUAUUUUGUCUGUUAUACUGGCAUAUUGCUGUAGCAUAUAUUGACCAUGUUAAACUUCACUAAAUGUCAGAACAAUUUAGCAUUCAAAAGUCUUUCCUUUGAGAUUGUAUAACAGAUUAAUGCCCUGGUCCAACAAACUGAUCCAUGUACGGGAGCUCUAGUGAGCACACAAAGCAGCUUUAUCACGCGUGUUAAUGUACUCUUUAUGUGCAUCCCUUUCCAUGUGCUGGUUAGCUCCUUUCAUUUGAAAUGUAGAUACUCCAAUGUAAAAGAAAUUAUGUGCAAGAGUAUAUGGCUCUUUUGACUGGGUUGUGAGUCAGUUUGUGUAUGGGAUGUUUCAGCUUGCAAAUAACGAUUAACCUUAUUUUGCUUAAGUUCCAUUGCUGCAGACAUAACAGUACUGAAUUCUGUACAGUUGAAGGCAAUCUAGCAGUACUGCAUUGAAGUAAAAUAUCACAAGUGAAUGAUAUGUCAUGGUGUAAGGCAGUGUAUAGGUAAAACACAUGAGCUGAUUUUUCUUCUUAAUAGCAUCAUUCAGUCUUAAUAUAUAGUCUAACAUUAGUGAACAGGCUUUUGGUUUGUGUGUGCUCCUGCCACCACCCCCAUAAGUAUGAUCACAGUGAGACUUUUGCUUCCAUUUUUUAAAAGCCAUGGUUAUUUGUAUCUGAACCUAGACAAACUGACUUGUCUUGUUUGCCUAAACCAUAGUUCAAAUAAAACUACUUAUGAUCUUGAUUUGUUUUGCAAAAUUAUAGUUCAGUUUCAGGUUUGGACCUAAUGAUGAACCAGGGUUAAUUGAAAAAAGAAGUGAAAGGUGUACAUAAGCCUGAGUCUCAUUUGUAUAAUGCAAAACUGUGUCUGAACCAGAUUGACGUUAAUUACCUAGUAUGCAAAUUGGGAAUUAUUCCAAAAUUCUCUCAGGUGUAUUUGCCGCUAUUCACGAACUGAUGUGGAGCAACCCCAUCACUGUGGCUAAAUGGGAGAAGUAAAAUACGAACUAGGGAUCAAUGUUUGAUUCUGAGGAGAAACUAACUCGCCCUAUUUCCCUCCUUUUAAAAUGGGGUAAGGAUUGUAUGAGUAGAAAGAAGGUCUUCAGGGGAACUUGGUUUUGGCAUGAAUGAAGGUGUGGUGAUGAGAGUGCUCUCAGCAGAGAAUUUUAAAACAAACCAAACAGGUAUUAGAAUAUUUUAAAAUUCUGACUUGAUAAAAAAUGCAUAGAUGUGACAAAUUCAGAUAUUAUAAACACCUUCUCCAAGUUCACAUGGCUUUGUAAGGCUUAUGAAAAUGACUUUUUUGUUGAUUGCUUGGUUCAAAACAAUUCAAAGACUUUGUCCCAAAUUCAGCCAUCUGGCUUCUUAAAUGGACAGCGUAAAUGCUUUCGGUUUGGGCAAUCCUCUUAGCCUAAGCAAAGGAAUUAAGUUCACUACCAACCACCUUUUCUUCUGUUUUCAGAAUGUAUGAAAUGCUUAUUAAAUGAAUCUUGGCCUGUAUUCUACUGUGUGAUUGUGUAUUAAAAGAAGCAAAUAGGAGGAAAUGCUGUAGAUUUAUGUGAAAAAAUAUUGCUCAACCUUAUUUCUAGAGGCAGUAAAUAAAAUAGUAAAUUACCAUAAUUAAUAUUAAAUUCAGAGACUGUGUAUGUGGCAUUUAACUGAAUUUAUACUCAUUAUGGAAGAAAUACAACUGAGACUUUUUGCAUGAAAUGAUUUCCUUUUAUUACGUUUAUAAGAGAUAUGAGUGAGCAGACUAGAUUUUUAUGUACGAAGCAAAUAUUUUCUUCGGCAACAUUGUUAAAAUAACAUAUACAUAUCUUGUUCUUAUACUGCAUUUUAUCUCUGCAAGAAGCUCUGUAUGUGCUGCUCACCAGUUUACUAACCCCUAACAAUGUUCCAUUCAGUGAUGAACACCCUGAUUUUAAGUUUACACAACGUUUUUCGCUGGCAAGUCAAAUUAGCAUGAUUUGCUAUGCCUGGAUGGAACCCAAGAGUUGACUGGAUACCAUGCUUUUUAUUUUAUUUUUGGUCAGUUUAGCUGUCACAUGUAAGACAACCAGUGUUUGGGAAUAUCUGAAUACAGUAUUUGAAAUCUAGAUGAUGUAUUUGGGAAUCCUAAUGGAGGUUUUCUAGCUUACUUUGUACCUGCAAUAUUAACAGGCCAGUUUGAUAGACAAAGGUGGUAGUGAGCACCAAGGAGAUACAGCACUGGUUAGGGGCAAGCCUGCUGCCUGCAUUCUUUUUGCAUAGCUGCAGAAGUUGAUGCUUUUAUGAUGGUGCUUCAGUGCAGCAUAUCUGUUCUGAUAAAUUCUAGAACAUCCCAUCUUCAUUGAUUUGUAUUUAUAUGGAAUUAACUUUGGUUAUACUGCUAACUAUUAGAAAUGGGAAAGGAUUAAAGUUGUCCCUUGACUUUUGUUGCUUUCAAAAUAGAAGUUUAAAAUGAAGCUAAUCUUUUGGCUUUUUCAGGUGCAAAUUCGACCUUGGAACUUAAGUGACAGUGACUUUGUAAUGGAUGGCUCUCAACCUUUAGACCCCAGAAAAACUAUUUUUGUUGGAGGAGUCCCACGACCCCUCAGAGCUGGUGAGUGAAUAUGUUUAAUGGUUACCAAAACCAUGACCAACGAAAUGUUUAAGGAAUGAUGCAGUAAUAGUCUCUAGAGCUUUUCAUUAUAUUUCAAAUUGGCAAGGACUUCGAUGUGUUUUUCCCCCUUAAGCAGCAAGAUUAAAGAACAAACUACAUAUUAUACAGUAUUAUGUCAGUCUAACGAACUGUCUUCAUUAAAUGUUUCUUGAAAAACCACUUGUGUUGAGAUACUGACUGCUCUGCAUUUUAAACAGUGAAAUAUAAAACAAUUCAUUUUAAAAGUGUAAUCAGUUGACUGUCAUAGAUAGGUAACUGGUAAGAACUUGUUUACAUUUCUGGUAUUCCGUUUGUCUUGGUUUAUGAAGUUUGUUUUCUGUUGCAUUUGGCUUUGUUUGCUUUUUUAGGAUUUUUGCCUUUUACACGGUCAAUCAUUUCCAUUUACUGUUUUAGAUUACUUGGGGCUAUAACUAUCAAGAAUUUUGGUUUUUUAUAUAUGUAGACUAGUCACAAAUUUGCGGGAGGCAGUGGAAAACAGGAGUGCCUGGCGUGCUCUGGUCCAUGGGGUCACCAAGAGCUGGGCACGACUAAAAAACUAAACAACAAGAAGUCACAAAUUAGCUACUGGAAGUUGAAUGAAUGUAUAGGUCUUUUAUAGUUUAAUAUUCUUUUACAGUUGAACUAGCAAUGAUUAUGGAUCGUUUGUAUGGAGGAGUCUGCUAUGCUGGCAUUGAUACGGACCCAGAGCUGAAAUACCCAAAAGGUGCUGGUAGAGUGGCUUUCUCCAAUCAGCAGAGCUAUAUUGCUGCUAUAAGUGCUCGCUUUGUCCAGCUCCAACACAAUGACAUUGAUAAACGGGUAAGCAAAAUGCCACAUGACUGAUUGACACGGCUGACAAUUUGUGCAGGCAUCUUUAGUGGGCUCAAAUCAUUUGCCCAUCUUAUCCACCACUGUCUCCUCCGACUAAAAUUUGCUCUCAAGAAUCUUGGGCUGUGGCCUUUUCAAGUCCUACUUGAGGAGAUCUUUUAACUGGAGAUACCAAGGAAUCUUCUUUAUGUAAUGCAUGACCUCCCCAGCAGCGCUACGAGCCCUCCCAUGAGUUUGUGAUUGAUCACUGUUUUAAUGUCUGUUUUAAUGGCCAAAAUUUAGUGUUUACUAGAUUUUAAAAUGUAAAUUCUUUCCAAUCUCAAAUGGGUUUCAAUAACAGUGUGCAAAAUCAAUAUUGUCUUCAUAAGUGAAGACAUAGUACAAUUUCCUUGUUACUUUUUUCUGUAAUAUACUUUUGGAUAUAACACUUGGGCUGGAAAAUACACUAGACAGUAGUUGGGCAACAGUACUGUGGUUAAAUAUGGGAAGGUGGAAGAAUAGCAGAAAUUCAAAAAUAUGUGAGGUCAAAGCAACAAUACCCUUUCCUUUGAAAUUGAUUUCCUUCAUAGUCUUAAUUCAUCCCACAGCAAAAACUGCUGCUUUUGGUAUGAUUUUAACAAAAAUUGUUGUGAAAACGGCACACGUAUUUUUCUUCAGGCUUGACCUUAUUUACAUAGAAAUGUAUUUUUUAUGAAAUAAAAUAGGGAAUGUGAAAAAAAAAUCCAAAGAUUAUAUAUUUUUAAAGCUCUGAUUGAAUAUCCAAAUAGCACUGCCACCCCACCCAGGAGAGAGCAAACUCUCUAGACUUAGGGAAAAAAAACCCCACUUAGAUUUUAAUGAGAAGUAUGUAAGCAUGUUCCAUUGAAACCAGUGAGAUAUAAGUAUGCUUAACUUUGGCUGACUCAUAUCCUUACAGAUUUAUAAUUUUUAAGUGUGAUAAAUCUGAUAGGGCUUAAUCUAUAAAGCCAUUAAUUCUUGCAUGACUGGAACCAUCAGUGUUAAUCCUGAGUCAUGCUGUCGCUUUGGCUCAAAUGCUGAGCUCAGAAUAUAAUUACCUUGACACUGAAUCAUUAUAGACUUAUUUUGGCAAUAGCAUCUAAUGUUAUGAAAAGAAAAAUGGGACAGGACAAGAAAGACAAGGCUUUUUCUACUCUGAUCACUUUUUCCAGUGAUCAUGACAAGUUAAUGUUUUAAUGUGGUUGUUUUAUUGGGCUUGAAGCUCUAUGUUUAGGUCAGUAGCACUGUCUAGUACUUUAAACUUGAUCUUAAUAUAAAGGAGAUCCUAAACAUUUGCUAUUGUAAUAGGAGUGGGGUGCUAUUAAUACGUCAAAAGGAUUUAAAAGAGCAGAUUUUGAAAACAUUAGACUUUUAUGCUGAUAUAUGAAGGCUCAUUCAUGGGUUACGUAAUGAUGCAAAUGGAAGUUCCAGCAAAUGCUUUGAAGCAUAGCAGAUUCCCUAGGUCGUUGAUGACUGACAUUGUCAGUGACUUCUAUUUCCUUCCUCCUCCCGCAGUUUUCCUCCCCAAACUUCUCUCAUGUUCGGUGCAGUUCUCCAAACGCUGUGGGAGAGCUUUGGCCAGGAAAUAACGAGGGUUAGUUUUCGUAAGGUUUCUGGGUAGACUUGCUCUAUCUAAAAUUGGAACUGAGAAUUUUGAUACUAUUAACCUGGAAGGUUAAGUUAAUAGUAACAAAACGAGGACACAUUCUUGCUGCUCUUGCCUGAGGCUUGUCUUGCAAUAUGGGUGUCCAUGUGGAGGUGGCAAUUGUCCCAUCUCUAGUCCUGAUUCCCAUCUUUAAGUUUACUUUGCCCCCACCCCAGAAAAACUCCUGUGGACACCCAUGAUGGUAAUGUACAACGGUGGGAGCUCUGACAGAUCACUUUAUAAACCCAUGCACUUCUGUGAUGUGACAAGUUGUAGCAGCCAGAAGCACCACAUUGUCUCUGAUACUGAAAAGCUAACUAGAGUGUGUUGUUACUGGCUAUUCUGGCAAGUUUAUAUACUAUACAGGUUUGUCCUGCAUUCAGAUGAAUGAGAUGAAUUCACAGAGCCUUCUUUAUAUUUUGAGUUAUUUUGUGUUUCUCCUCCCCUUCUGUAGGUGGAAGUGAAGCCAUAUGUGCUUGAUGAUCAGAUGUGUGAUGAAUGCCAGGGCACUCGCUGUGGUGGAAAAUUUGCUCCAUUUUUCUGUGCCAAUGUUACCUGCUUGCAGUAUUACUGUGAAUACUGUUGGGCCAGCAUUCACUCUCGUGCUGGGCGAGAGUUCCACAAACCACUCGUGAAGGAAGGGGGGGAUCGGCCACGCCACGUUCCGUUCCGUUGGAGCUGAAGUCUGGGCCUAAAUCCAGCAGCAAAGAAGUACCGGAACUGAAGAAAUUGAAGGGAGAAGAGAGUGCUGCCUCAGGGCUUUAGUGUUCUGGAAAUCUGUGCAUUCAUCCUUUACUUUAAUGAAGAGAUGGGUCUUUUUAUUACGAUUACUAUUAUUAUGAUAAUGAUUAUGAUUAUUUACAGUCACAUUACUGAACUCUGUGUCCAGUAUAAUACAAGCCUAGCAGAGUGUAACUAUACUGAUUUUGCACUUUGAUUCACACAAACAUCUGCUUGGUACCUUAAUUUCUUACACGAGACUUGUCAUGUCUGACAAUAAGUAGACUGCCAUUCUCAUCAGCCUUUACUGAGUUGGUGUGUAUGUGAGAAAGACUUUUAAAAUUAUAAUUUUAUUUUAAAACUGGAGCAUGCACUUAUUUUCAGAAACUUAUAGACUUGCCCCUAGCAGAUGACUUACCAAAGGUAACACUCACAAGUAGGUAGGUGGCAGAUGUAGCAAAAACUUAAAAUGGAUAUUCAGCAAUCAUUAGUUUGGGUCAUUUAGCAUAGGAAUAACCCUGAAAAGCCUUUAGUUGCUCUCCAUUUUUACUGGUAAGGUUGAUACCUCAUAAGCUGGAUCACAUUUUCUCCACCCCCACCCCUUUUCGUUUUGCUGAGGGUUUCCUAUUUGGUUAGGUCUUUUAGUGUUACGUAAAUGUAUGCUGCAAUAGCUUUUGCUGCUAUUAAGAUGGUAUUACUAAUACCACAAUACUCUAUUCAAGCUAGGGUAUCUAUCAGUUUAAAAGAUGAUUAUAUGAUUUAAAACCGUGAUGGCUGCUGAAAGGAGAUCUGUAUAGCUUCCAAGGAAGGUCAAUAGUUUUGACUGCAUGUUUACUUAAAUCAGGUUGCUGCAUGCAAUAAAUUUUUUUUAUAUAUGUCUCAUAUGAAAAUCUGCCCACAAUGCACCAAUUAAGGAUUUAUAUAGACUACAAAGUACUUGUUAUUCAAAACAAAACAAAACCCACACACAGACUUAGCACACCAGGCACAAAUUACUGACUGGAGGAAGGCAUGCCUCAGUAAAUGUAAAUGCUUCUGAAAUUAGGAUCAGCCCUUUGCAGUAUGACCUAUAUUACAACAAAUAUUUUUUUAAAAAACUAGAUGUAGAAUAUCCUUAAAACAAAUUUCUGAAUGAUAGACGAAGUACUUUGCGGUGCUCUGUUAUAUAUUGUGCAAUUUAUUUUAUAUAGUAAAAGUGAUUAUGUCUAGUACUGUGAUCAAACUUAACUGUUUAAGCCUCUAUAUCUAACGUUCAAUCACUUCUGAAAGAUACGGAUACAUAUGCACACUCACAAAAUUAAUUAUGAGCUCUUUAAUUACAAUCUCAUAAAUGCUUGCACCAUUUAUGUAGCUGCAGCCCUUGUCCAGAAAACCAAAGAGCUCAUGGCAGUGUAUGUACACUACUAACAUCACUAAUAGGCUGAUAAACUAGGCACAUUUUAUGAAAGGUAGUGGGGAAGUGGUGCUAAAGAAAUGUCUGCAUACAAAAGUUAACUUGCAAGAUGUCUACUCUCUGGGUGUGACAUUUAAUUUCUUGAACCCUGGAUGUAUCCUGUGAAGCUUGAAUAUAUUUGAGAUCUACUUUAUAACAGUGGACAUUUUUUUAGCAUGUAUUCUGGGCGUGCAAGACAAACACAUAAGCACACAUUAGUGUGCGAACUAUAAGAAAGUGAGGACGUGUACACUAUUCUUCUGCGUUUUUUGUGAGUUCCCUUCUCCACCCCCCACCCCCCUGGGAGUUCUGGGGACAAUCUGACUGGAUCUGGCACCGCAUAGUAGAUUUAAAUGUUACGGAUUUUGUGUGUUGUGAUGGCCUUGUUAAUGUCUAACUUUGUACGUUUUUCUUUCAAUGUUUAGUUGCAAUUACUGGCUCUGAAAGAAACUUUGUGUUUAGAAAAAUAGUUUUUUACUGGUUUAAAAACAAAACAAAACCAUUCGUAGUAUCCCUUCACGUUUUCUUCUGGGCAUUUUUGUGAUAUUGCUUUAUCCAGCCCAGCUGUCUUUUUUCUUCUGUUUGGGGUUUUCUUUUCUUUUCAUCUAUACAAGAUUUGUUAUGCACUACUUUUUGUAUCUAGACAGUUUUCAAUAGUUGGCAGAUUAUUCUUUUUUAAAAGAAAAAGGCAUGCUUUCUGACUGACAUGAUCUUUUGCAAUACCUCAAUUUUGAAAUAUAGGAAAGAAAAUAUUUUCUAAGUAAGUUUAUUCAGAAAAAUAUAUAUAUUAAUUUAAUUCUGCGAGGAAAUGAUUUAACAGAUGGGUAACUUUAUUUUUUUCAUGCUUAUUUGCGUUUUUGAAAAUGAAGAAGUUAGAGCUUUAUAACUGUAAUAUUGAAGAUCAUAGCUAAUCUACAGAAGUCUACCUAAUUAUGUGAAACAAUAAUACACAGUUUUGAAGAAAUAUCCCUCUCUCAUUGUACAAACACCCCGGAAAGAAAGGAGGGAAAGAGCAAGAAAAAGAGAUGCUGGAAGUUAUAUAAGUAAUAACAUGAAAACAAGAACACAGCAACGAAAGGUGUAAAAAAAACUGCAUUUGGUGCUGGAAGUUGUGAAUAGAAGGUGAAAAAAUAUUUUUCCCUUAAUUUGUAUAUUUAUAAUCAAGCAAUUAUGCACGACUGACCAGAAUUGUGAGAGUUCUUCUGUUUGUAUUUUUUUAAAGAUACUUUUUUAGUUUAUUAAAUUAUAACAUGGUCCCUUUUUGUUUUGUAAAUGAAUGUGCCCCCUAAGUUGUUAAUAUGUUAUAUUAUUAUGAGAGGGUCCUUCAAGAAAAGAAGUUAUUUUUUAAAAUAAGGUGUUCUGAACUGCAACUUGACUAAGAAGUCCCUGGGUACAACAGGUCCUCUUGUGGCCUUCUCUUGAUGUGAGACUUGAACUAGUCGAUUUUUUUUGAAGGCAACUUAACCUCGACUAUUUGUUGUUAUGUGCAAUACUGUUUGUACUGUUUGUAUAAAAAAAAGAAAAAAGAAAAGAAAAAAGGCAUAAAUCUUUAUUGCAGAUUUAUUUUCAUUGCAAACUUUAGACAUUGUGAUUCACUAAGAUCAUUUUUCUACUGUCAAAUAUGUACCUUUUCUUCAUGCUGGUAUUUUUUCAAUAGUAAUGUAGCCUUUGUACUGAGACAAAUUUUCAUUGUUAUUUUUAGAAAGAUUUUUUGCUAAGAGAAAUUUAAACAUUGACAUAUUUUUCAUUUUUAUUUCAGAUUUUCUUUAAGGAGUGCUUUCUCAACCAUUAAUAUAGUUGUUUCUGGGAGAGACUUUCAUAUCUGGUCAAUGUCAUUAAUAUUAUUUUGUAUUUUUACUUGGAAUAAAUUAAUUUUAUGAUGCUAAUUCUUUAAAAGUUUAUUUUUUUCAUUUUCAGUUAUUUUUGAAGCUAAGAAAAAACCUUUGUAAUAUUGUUACUAAAAGUGUCUAGUUUUUUGAAAUGCAAAGCUUUAUGUAUUAACUCGCUGUUGUGGUUUACAAUGGUGUGAAAAUGGUUGGAUAUGUAAAAUGAUUGAAAAACUGUAAUGAAUAAUUGGGCAAUAAAAUUACAGAAUGAAGCAGGAAAAUGAUGUGAUAUUUUUGAGAAGCCUUUUUUUCCUUUGUCAGAAUGAUUUAGGAAGAUAUUAGGGAUGUCACAGUACCAGUUCGCUGUCUAGAUUUAUACAACACCAAUGCUGAUAAAACACUAUUGCUGUUGUAAUUAACUCCAAUCUACAAAAAUAACAGGCUUACAGCCAUGGCUGUUUAGUGUAAUGCAAAUUUGCUCCCCCCCCCCCCCCCAUUAGCAUAGGCCCAGUCAGCAUUCCUGCAAGUGCCGAAAAAACAAAUGGAGACUACACAGCAUUAAUGCUCGGUCAAUUCCCUGCCCGUCCCCCCCCCCCCCCCGCCAAUACUCUUUAUGGUCUCUUUUGGACUGUUAUUUUAAAUCUCUCCCAACAUGCUUCAGUGUGAUCUGCCAUUAUCUUAUUUAUUCCACUCGCCCCUCAUGCUGCAUUAUUCAUGCACUUCUUUAAGUGGCAACCCAGAACAAAUGGAGGAAGUUGUAUAGUAUCUGCAUAAUGUUACAGUGCAAUUACCAUACAGUGUAAUUUAUGACAUAGUUAGUGCUAAGUAAUGCAUGUGUAGCAACCGUUAUUACUAUAUAUCUCAGCACUUUUUUGAGCUUCUUGUAUAUUUAUCCCUUUGUGUUGGCCCUUUAAAAAUAAAAAAUAUCACAAGUGCAACGUCUGUUGCUGCUAUCAAAACACUGCUUCACUUUAUGUAGUUCAUCACCACCACCCUUUGCCUAUCUAAUCCUUACCUUUUUGCUGUUAUCCUGGCAGAUUUUUUUGUGCCGAUGCUAGAGGUACUAUUAUCCACCCCUUCUGAUCCUGCAAACCAAACUGGUGUUAUAUAAACAGAACAUCCAAUGGCCGUCCCUAGAUAGAUCAGUAGCCAGAUUUGAUCUAUUCUCACGCUGGCUUCUACCUAAGGGGGGUAAUUUAUUGAUCUCUUGUAGAAAUGUCUAGAGUUGGCCCAUUGUGUCCUUUUUGUAAGAAAUGUAUAGGAAAAAAAUAAAAUAGUGAGUAAAAUUUAGACUCUAUAAUUAGGUACUACUACUGGUUGGGAUGUACACAAAUUGUGCAAGUAAAAUAGAAGUGGAGGAGAAAUCUCUAAAUUUCCUGCAAAGUGGUACAAAAUGUGUUCUUAGAUUCUGCCUACACACUUGCCUUUUAGGAAGGCAGGGGCUAAAAGACAACUGUAUUACAAAUAUGCAGUCAGCAAAUAAACUUUGCUGAUUUCAUGAUCUUUGUUAGAGUAGUACAAAAAGUAUAGUGCUUUACUGGGGGAAAUCCCCCAUGUUAAUAUUUCAGUAUUGUGACAUCUCUAUUUGCAAGAUAUGAGUGAAAGAUUAGUCACAGAUUUGUAAAACAAAUAAUAAAAAAGUCUUUUGUUAAACCUGGCUUGUAUGUAGUUGCUUUUUACACCAGUUUGUAUAAUGUCAGCUUAACCUUUUUUUUAACCAGAAAACUUUUCUUCUCAAUCUCUGCUGUUGUAGUGUUUCUGUCUUACCACAGAGUAUUUUAUAUUCAUGCUGAUGGUUUGCUCUAUACCCCAAAAGGGUAGCAGAUCAGGAGCUUGUUAUGUCAUUCUGCACAUUUUAAAUUUACCUAAUAAUAACAACGUUUAGCAACAAAUAGAAAUCCAGGGUGCUAAUACGGGAUAAUCAUUUCUGCUGUUUAUUUUUUUCUGGAUGUAGCUCUGUUUGGGUAUAAAGUAUUAGGUAUUUGUAAUUUUGCUGUCAAAAUAAUGGACAUAACUUUUAGAGUGUUCACAGCUAAAACCUCUGUACUUGUUUUUUCAACUAACUAAUUUUAAAUGUACCAUAUCUUUUACUACAUGUUCUCUUAGACUGGUUUUGCUAGUAACCCUAAAAGGCUUUUACCUUUUUUUGGCUUGGACUAACGCUUUGUAUGGAACUGCAGUACUGUGACUAAACAUGGAGCUCAAUGCUGCUAUUGCUUACAACUGCUUCAACUUUGUAGUUUGGACAAUUUUUUUUUCUGUAAUAACUUAUUAAAUCUAGUUGUAUGAAGUACUGACACUUGUCAUCCUUUGCACAUUUAACAGAAAGCCAUGGGGAAAGCCUUCCUACACAUUUUACGCUUUAACACCACGCAUGCACAUUCUCUUGCCCCCUUGUUCUGUUAGUCGAAUGUCUGCUUAAUACGAAAUGUCAAUGUUUCAGGUUAAUCAGUUAAACACAUACACCUAAUAAUGUCCUUUUGCUUGUUCAGUUAGUUUAAUAGAAGUCUUAUGAAAAAGGUGGAUGCAAGCAAUCAUUUACAAAAUGGGAACUUGCCCUUGGUAGCACUUGGUAGCCACUUCUUUAAUCCUGCUAAAGCCAUAAUGCCAGUUUUACUAUAUAGUAAGCCCAAAACCCGUGCAGGGGUUAUGUUCCAGGGUUUAUGCCGAAAGCCAAAAUUGUGUACAGCGGUACCUCGGGUUGAGUACUUAAUUCGUUCUGUAGGUCCGUUCUUAACCUGAAACUGUUCUUAACCUGAAGCACCACUUUAGCUAAUGGGGCCUCCAGCUGCUGCUGCGCUGCGGGAGCACGAUUUCUGUUCUCAUCCUGAAGCAAAGUUCUUAACCUGAAGCACUAUUUCUGGGUUAGUGGAGUCUGUAACCUGAAGCGUAUGUAACCUGAAGCGUCUGUAACCCGAGGUACCACUGUAUAGUCAAAACACAUUGGAUAGCAAUAGUGUGCAUUGAGGCCUUUCAUGAUGCUUUGGAUUCAUGUGGGAAGUUUGCCCACAUGUUGUGAACUUUCACAUGGAAUCCCUCCUGAACCAGAAGCAUUCAUCUGCUGCUCUCACACAAGGGAUGGGGGUAGGCAUUAGGUGAGACUUAUUUGUUAAGCUGACACAGCUGUGAAGUGGCAUGGAAGACGCCUAUAAUUUUAAGUAGUGGUUGGGAGGGGGCUGCUCCCCCUGCCCGUUGCUGGUCCUCGGCGCCUUCUCACCCUUCUCAUCAGCUGCCUUUUUGACACGUAGCAAACACACCUAGAAUCCCAGAUGGUGGUUAAGUGAUUGUUGGGAAAAGUUGGCUCAUAAUUGGCAGUCUGCUGCUUCUUUUUUUAAAGCAUGGAGCUGUGCUUUAUCUCUCAGGACUAAAAAGGACUGAGACAUCCAGUUAAACAAGCAACACAGGUCAACCUCAAUUACAUUCUAAAGGAGAAUAUGUGAAUGCUAAUUAAUGACCCAGCAAAUGUCUUCAUAGAAGCAAUAACUAACUGAAAGUUCGCCUAUCAAACGGUGCUUCCUGAGAGCCGAACAAUAGAUGAUGCGGACAAUCCACAGUAAGUUCUGCUUCAAAGCACCACCACUGAUUUGAUUGGGAAUGUAGCACUAGAGUCAGGCCUACCCCUCCCACCCACAACACAUCACACAGCACCAUUUCGCCAGUAAAAUGGCAGAGUCAUAUAUCUACUUUUGCAAGUAAAGAACAAGAAGUUGGGAGCACUGCUUAGUUCACACAUCUCAAACCUGCUUCAGGUUCACUUCUCUUUUAAUUGGACAUACUUGCCCGUUUCCCCAAAGCUAGCAAAUUUUGAGAAUCUCAUUGUUUCAGUUGCUUUGUGUAACGUAUGAUUAUUUCUAAUCUUCCUGAACCUGCUAUCAGCUGCCUUCAGUGGAUAAACCCAAGUUCUGGCACGAGGAUGCAAUCUCUCACUGCAGCUUAUGAUUUUAUAAAUUCACAAAGCCCAGGUCUUUAGCCUUUCGUUGUACAAAAGAUCCACCAACCUUUGAUAAUUGUAGACGGCAAUUGCUCUUUUCUGUGUAUUUCCCAGCUGUAACAUGCUCCUUUUCAGCCAAGAUGGCCAGAGCUGUGUGCUGUAUUUCAUAUCUAGCUGAAAUUUGUCCCCCGACUCCCCACACCAACUUCAACAGCACACUCCCUGUGCUCAAGCUCACUGAUCCAAAAGUGGCUCUGCUCACAGCCACUUUUGAAAGCUGGGAUUCCUUGCACUUGUUUACAUCACUUUAUAUUCACAUUAAUGUUGUUAAGUUGCUUUGUCAUCCCAUCACUCCUUUUGGAGCCAUUCCACAUGUUGUUUAGAAUACAGGUAGGGAACAUGUGGCCCUACAGUUCCCAUCAUCCAUGACUGUCGGCUAGGUGGAUGGAAGCUGAUGGGACUUGGUGUCCAACAACAACCUAGAGGAUCUCAGGGUCCCCUACUCCAUGCUUGACACCAGAUUGCUUCUUGUAAAUUAAUUAGUAGCAAUCCUGAUCCAGGGGAGUCUAGAGCUUGCAUUUGUCACUAUGAAGGAAAGUAAAUGUAUUCUACCCCCAUCCACAAAAAGGUAUAUCUUGCCCCAUCACUGCUAAAUUUAUAUUGCAAAGUUGAUCAUCAGAGAGAUUAGGAUGUUCCAGUGCCAAGUGCAGCAAGUUUUGGCGUCUCUCCUUGCUUUAGCCUGCUUCCCAAUCCUGCUUUAGCUGUAGCAGUAAUACAAACACACUCUCUGUAUGUCUCCGUUACCACAUCUAAAGCAGCCUCUUAGGCUGCCUAUAAAUUUGGAUUGUGACACGAAUGCCAAGAUUCAGCCAAGCUCUUUCUAGAACAGUCCAAGAUCUCUUAACAGCUUGCGUGGCAACUUGCCAGGGGGAAGUGGAAAAGCAGGCAGGCACUGUAAACCCUGCUUUGUCAGCAACAGGACAGCAAGUGUGCAUAAAAGCUGACUAAUGCUAAUUCUCCAGCAGUGGGGGGAAAAGAGCCCCACUGGAACACUCUAGUGCAAUAAACCAACUAGCUUCUGGGAAUCUUUAGGGAGGGGUGGGGGUGGCAAAAGUCUGAGGACCAAACUACACAUGACAAGCAAAUGUGUCUUUUUGAAUUUAAUGUGCAAAAAUUCAUGUGACGGAAGGGCUACUAAUGAACAGGAUUGCAUCUGCUGCAAAGGGAAAACUCAAGCCAUUCCUUCCCUGCUGGGGUCAAGAGGGAAAUUCCCUCUUCUGCUUUGGGGGAAGAUCUGCACCACCACCCACCCUGCUCCCGCUUUGCACCAGUGAGGGAUUUCCUCCUGCUGCAAAUACUAAACAGCUUGCUCUUCUUACAGCUAUAUGUUGAGGACUGUAGACUUAUAUUUGAAUGAUGCCUCGGUUACUGGAAUGCAACAGACAGUGAAUUCUCAAAUAAUGCUCUAAAGAACAGCCUGAAAAUAAGUUCAUGCAGGAAAUUAUGUACAAGCAUUUCACUGUCAUAAAAAUAUAUACCAGUCACUCAGUGCUGAUAGCUGUCUUACAAUGGGGCAUUUAUAAUUUGCUAGCUGUGAAACUGACAUUGAUGUGCUCCUGUAAAUAUUCAGUUUGGUGUUAUUAUGAAAUAAUAAUGGUAGAAUCUUUCUGUCAAUUUUAUUUGCUUCUAUAGUGAUAUUAAAAUAUAACUUAUAAGCUUUAUUUGUUUGUUUGGUAGGUUCUAACUUUGCACAUGCUGCUUGCUUCUACAAUGUUGGUUGACAACAUUUCCCAUGAACACUGAUGCCAUUGUCUUCUUUUAAAAAAGGGAUUGUUGUAAUUCACACACUUCCACUGAUUAUUCAGUUUCCAUGAAGUUAUAAUGGAGAACUGGCAAUGUUUCAUUUAUUUUAUUUUACUCUGCUUUCUGGUACCCUCAGAAUGGUUUUAUAAUAAACCGCACCAUAUGUAGCGGCAGAUAUAAAUACUAUAAAAUUAAAAUUUGAGAGGAAACCGGGAUCAAUAAAAACAGUGUUAAAGCCCCAAACAAUGUAAACCAUAAGGUUGUGAAAUUCCACUUUGUACCUCUAUUUUUCUGAACAAAAAUUGGUAGAAAUUCAUAGAAAAUAUUAAGUCCACGACAAGUGAUGCUAUACAGAGAGAAACCACCACUAUGACAACAACAGAGCUCACCUGGGUAUCCUGAUAAGCAGAGGUGGCUGGUGCCCAAUGGGGCAGGUGGGGCAGAAGACAGGGAGCCAUAGGCAGAGCCAACUUACUCCAAUUUUGUCCCCAUCCUCCUGCUGAGUUCUACAAUGGCAAAACUG